CGAUGGACCUUGGCAAGUUUGGGAAGGCAAGGCAAGUUUUAAAACAAAAGCAUAUAAGGGUUAAGUGCAGAAUUGUGUCAAAAUUAUAUGUUUAAGCGAUCUAAUAGGUUUAACUGGACAUCUGACCUUUUCCCAAUAUACAAGCACCAGGCAGGAACUGAUUCAUUGGCCUAAGUGUUUAUACUUAGGCCAGUAAACACUUAGGACAGUUGGGUUCUGACCAUGAUAAACUCGACUGGGUGAGAUUUUAGCUGAACUUCCAUGUUAACAUGUAUUUUAAAGUUUACUUUCUGGAGGAGGACUAAUACAAAACACAAUUUUUUAAAAAGUUGUAUUGGAACUUGGGGUCCACCUAAACUCACACAUGCCCUAAAUCAAAAUCAGAUACAUAACCUAGUCUUAAUAUGUUCAAAAUUAAAAGUUCACCCCUGAACUUAUAAAGAAACCGUUGCUAACUGUCAACAUGUUUUAUUCUUAUGGUAAAAAAGGCACUUUAGCAUGGGUAUUAAUAGGAAGUCUUUGGCUAUUGCAGGUGGCCUCAAGUGGAAAGUCAAGGAACUGCAGAUUUUCAUAUUUCUAGACUGGUUUCAUUUUAGACAGUUGAGGUUUUUACUUGAUAUUCUUCAGUAAAUCAGAUUCUGUGAUGUAAUUUAACAUGCAAUUUUUCUAAGUUGUGACAGAAUUGCUUGCCAUGAUAUUAUUGUGGGUGGGUGGGCACUGUUUUUAAGUCAUGCUUCAAUCUCAUCUUCUUGUUUCAGCCAAUAAAGUACCGUAUUUUUCGCACUAUAAAGCCAUUUAAAAUCCUUCUGGCUUGUCGGAGCACUGCAGUUACCAUAGCCUCGCAGAGUUAUUGAAUGAGUUGAAUAAAUUUUGACUUAUCUGACCAUUUUGUUUGGCCUAAUGUGCUUUAUAAUCCAGUGCGCCUUAUGUAUGAAAAUAGAUGCGAAUAGACAAGUUCAUUGAUGGUGCGCCUUAUAGUGCGAAAAACAUGGUAAUUCAGUUUUGACAUGAAGUAGUAGCUUAUCUAUAAUUACCAAUAGAUCUGCUUAAGUAAUUAUUUUUUCCAUUUUAAACGUCUGUAAAGUUUCUAUGUGAACAUUUUUAAAAAGGUUUGAAUCAUUCUUUUAAAGUCAGCUAGCAAACUGUGAUUAAUUUUGGCCUGAAUGCUGUGCCAUAGCGCUGAGAUUCAGCCAGAAUUUGUACUGUGUCAAAAAAACAACAACUCAUAAGCGAUGCUGUCGAGUUAAUUCAAUAUUCAACUCGCAUGAGUCACCUUUGGCUUGCAGGCGGCCUCGAGUAGAAUGUCAAGGAAAUGUAGAUUUUCAUAUUUCUCUACGGUUUCAUUUUUAACAGUUGAGGUUUUUACUUAAUAUUCUUCAGUAGAUCUCACUUUCUUUAUAUCGGCGAAUAAAGUAAUUCAGUUUUGACAUGGAGUAGUAGCUAUUUUAUAAUUACCAUAAACCUGCUGAAGUUUUUAUUUUUUCCAUUUUAAAGGUCUGAAAAAUUUCUAUGUGGACAUUUUAUUUAAAUGUUUGAAUGAUUUUUAUAAGUUUGCUAUCAAACCGUGAUUAAUUUUGGCCUAAAUGCUGUGCCACACAUCUGAGAGUCAACCGGAACUUUUACCGUGUUUUCAAAAAAACCUAAUUUAAGUGGUUCUUAUAAGCAUUUAAUAUCUAAUCAAAUAGUGCAGACUCUAACACAGGACGAGGGUUAAGUCAGCUAUCAAACUGUGAUUAAUUUUGGCCUAAAUGCUGUGCCAUAGCUCUGAGUAUCAACCGGAAUUUUUACCGUUAAGAAAAAACUCAUAAGCGUUGCUGUCGAGUAAACUCAACAUUCAACAAAAUAACCGACAAUAACUCACCUUUAUAAUCUUUUACCCAAUUUUCCAAGGCUUUAGUGCGGUAAAUACGCCGACAGGGUGUCUGCAGCUAGCUCCCUGCUCCUGUGUGAGAGCUCCUUUUUCCUGCUUUCAAAGUUCCCACGGAAAGCGGAGGACCACCCAGCGGCGCAGAGCACGACGCCGAUUAGCUGCGCCGAGCUCAUUUGCAUUAACGUCAGUAAAGGCUGUAGGUCAAUCCUUGCGGGUGCUUUUAUUGGAUGUGCCGCUGUCAAGCAGUGCUGAAGAAUUGGAAGGGCAAACGCCAGAAAAGGCAGAGAAAAGACAAACAUAAAAUCAGCAUUAUGUAGCUCGGUCCUGCCUUACCUCCUCUCGCGUCAACCGUGGACGAUCCUGCCGUCCCUGAUUUCACAUCUGAAACUUGUGGACACGGAGCGGUCUUGUUUCUUUUCUUUUCUCUUUUUUUUUUAGAUUUUUUUUUCUCAGUGUGUGUGUCUCUCUCUGAAGCGAUUGCAAUCUCCAGAGGUGGUACCUCCAGAUAUUGCAGCCUGACAGCCUCUACAUCCUUUUUUCCUGCUACAGAAUGAGAGAAAAAUCGCGGAUCCCGGUAAGGCUGUAACCAAUUGCACUCGGGGUUUGGACCUCUUAUAGCAGGCGGAUCAUCCUCAACCGGGCAGCGGAUGCCUGAAUGGAGAAUACAAGGCAUCCACCAAGAUUUCCCCGCGUCCUAAAUCUGUGAUAAAUGGAGUAUUUUGCCGGAUUACAUGGCAUUAUGUUUGACGGAGGGUGUCUGACAUCGGAGCGAGUGUCCAGAAUAACAGCCUGCAGUGUGAAUAUUUCAGCCUGUUGAUGAUGACCUGCUCAGGACUGGAGCAAAGUGUCGUGAGAACCGGUUUAUGGCCCGUGUCUUGAGCUGGAGUGGCCAACCGGAUUGUUUAACAGAAAGAGAGAAAAACAUCUUUUUUUUUUGAUGGCUCCGGGGUGGGGGAGGAAGACUACACAUGAAACCCUGGACACACACACAUGAAAAAAAUGGAUAAAACUAUUGCAUGAAGCAGGCAGAGGAGGACAGACUGCGUGGUUUGUGUGAGUGUGAGUGUGUGUGCGUGUGUGUUUCUUUCAGGCCUACUUGAUAACAGUGAAGUUGUUGAGGAGAAAUGAGAAAAUGGUGAUGUGGUACGAAGAAGGCUUGAAGAGGAGCCGGAGUGUGGGAUAAAAACGUCUCCUGGGGAAUAACGGGAUCCAAGUUUUUGAGGAUAAGACAGCUGCUCUGAUUAAACAUCUUCAAUUAAGUUCAUGUGAAAAAGCAGAGGGAGGAAAUCAGCUUCCUGGUCAGGGGGUGGGGGAUAGAAAGAUAUAUUAUUCAUGCCUUGUGUCAGAGAAACUCGAGGACUGGCUUUGCUGUGGCCUAGAUGAUACAUAUAUGUAUUUAUAUAUAUUUAAAGAAAUGAACCCCUGAGGAGGAAGAGUGGACCUUAAACAACACUACAAAAAAAAGAGGGCGAAUGACACUCUGGUAGCCUCAAAGUAAAGCACUUGCGCAAAAAAAGGAGAAGGCUAAAGUGGGCUGAAGCAUGGGCUGUGCUUCAAGUAUUCAUAUCUCUGAUAGGGUGGUCUACCACAGUGGAAAAGAGUCCGAGGAUUCCCACUCACCCCAGCAGACUAAUACCACUCAGCAUCAAGGAAAUCCUGCCUCGGGACUACCCCUGAAACCCCCGAGCUGCAAGGUGAGGGAACACACACGCACACACACAUUGCAUUUACAGGGACAAGAACAAACUGAGUGUGUUGAAGUGUGAGUGUGUUACAUAAAGUUUUUCUGCAAUAGACCUCUCGUCCAUGACACAAGGACUCAUAUAUGUCCUAAAAUAUUAGAUUUUAGGACAAACAUCUGUGCAACGUGCAGUAGAUUCAGAACCACGACAUGUUUGAGACCAGCGGGCCCAGUCUCUGAUGUCUAGUUGAUUUUCUGACAAAAAGAUGACACUUUAGACUGAAAUGUUCAUCCCUUACAUCACAACAUUUUCUAUUUUGGAAAUCACAAAAACCAGGCAAUUCUACACACACUCAGAGAAAGGUCAGGGGGUCACAGGCCCCCGCACUAACCUGAUGUAUUGUUCUUUUUGUAGUUUUUAUAUAACAGUGGAUAAAGCAUGCAUUUGCCUCAGCUCCAAGUCCCUCCAUGUGUGUUUGCUUCUCUAUAGAACAGAAAUCUAAAGCGUAAAGCUCUGACAUCUGCUGCCAAACACGUUUCCUUUCCAGUCGACACGGCUUUGGCCUCUGCUUCACCUUUCUACCAGUUAUGCCUCCCUUUGAUUCGUCUACUCUUAUCCGGGCCUAAACUUUGUCUGAUUCUUGUGUUAUGUGCGACAAGUCCUAUUUAGAAGCAUUAAAUAUCUUAGUGACAUAAAUAUCUGAAUGGAAAGAAUGAGUCUGUUCUGAACAAGAUUUAGUGACUUAAGAAAGGCCAAAGUUUGCCGUUGGUGUGUCAAGUCACUGCAAGAAAUUAACAGUCCCAUUUUGUAAAGUGGCCCACAAGUAAUGACACUAACAGAGAACAAUAAUGUGUUUCCCCUGUUUAUUCUCAGGGAUGAUAUAGGAGUUCAGAUUAGAUUCGAUUAGAUAACAUAGACUUUAUUGAUCCUUUUGUGAAGGUUCCCUCAAGGAAAUUAAAAUUCCAGCAGCCAGUAUUUACAGAAUGAUCAAAUAAAAAACAAAUAAAAAGCAGUGUAUAUAAAGAAUAAAGAUACAAUAAAACUUUAGAUAAAUUAUGUAUUUACAUAUAAAAAGGAAGAUAUAAAGCUGAGGACAUUUGCUCAUUACUACUACUACAACCACUACUACUGAUACUACUACUUGGGAUCAAGGUGAUAGUUCUAUAUAUAAUUGGCUAACCUGGAUUGUGUAAGAGAUCGUAUACACAAGAGAUCGUAGAACAUUGUUUUUUGGAUCAAAAUUGAGGAUCAAAGUAAGAAACUGACGUCCUGGUUGUCACGUCUCACUGCAUUUGUAGUCAUCAUCUGGAAGGAUUAAGAAGCGGUGCAUAGGUAAUGUUUGCGAGGGAAGGUCCUUCUGUAAUGUUUACAUGUGCAUCUGCAGACGAGUGCAAACACAAAACGUCAGCUCAAACAAAAAUUGUGAUCUUGUUAAUUUAAUAGGGAGUCUCUGUGUGUUGUGUUUUUUUUUUCUUUCCCUCAGUAUGUGUGCAUUUGUGUGACAGACCCCAGGCUAUUUGAGGGGCCUCUGUCAAGCCGAAUUUUGUGGCCAAAUGUCAGCGCAGGAUGCAGUGAGAAGUCAGUGUGACAGAUGCCCCCACGUCAAGACGCCCACUGUGCCUUUGAUUGAAUUAGUCCCAUGAUUAAGUUAGACUAAUGGUAUACAAAUUUCCUUCAGCUGGAAAUGGUUAAUCCCUCCUCUGUAAGGUGUCAUCUUUAAUGUCCUCUGUGGUCGGCCCCACCAUGCGCCAGAGGUUUCAUCUUUACCGUAAUGUGUAGAAAGUAAUUUACUGUUGCACUCAGAAAAGUCAAAUGCACAGUGGCUGUUUUGUGUUGCAUUCAAGGAUAAGUGAAACAAUCCUGAUGUUGGUUGUUUUAGCUUUUUCUGAUUUUUUUUUUCCUACAGUAAGAGAUCAAUAACGGCAAUUUGCAUGCGUGCACAAACUCAGUUCAGGAAGGCCUUUUUCAGUUUUGUGUUUUCAUCUGGAAUACAUUUGGAAAUGGAAACUUUUAUGAGAUGUCACUUUUUUAUUUUAAAGUGAAGUUGUACCAGAUCCCAGUAGAUGUCAGAGGAGUAGAGACAUUAACUCUGAGUCAAAUUAUCUUUUUUUUGUGUGUGCAUGUGUGUGUGUGUGUGUGUCUGUGUGUGUGUGUGUGUGAUUGACAUAAACUAAUUCUGUUACUAUUUUUUUUUAAGAUAAGGAAUAUUUUUGAAAAGUAUUUUUAAAACAGAAAUGCCAAGGAGUCUUUGAUUCUUCUCCCAAAAGUUUUUCUUUAUCUGAUGUUGUUUCAGACUCAGUAUCUUUGGAUUUGGGCCGCUGGUCAGACAAAAUAAACCAUCCCAGACUUUAUAUUUGGCUUUGUGAAGUUAAGUGAGGGUAAUAUCAAUCAAUCAAAUCAAUCAAUCAAAUUUUAUUUAUAUAGCGCCAAAUCACAACAGUGGUUAUCCCAAGGUGCUUUCCAAAAAAGAGCAGGUCUAGACCACGCUCAUUGCUUGAUGAAUUACCCAGACCUAACCUUAAGAUGGGACAGAUUUGACCCAUUUCAUCGAACAUGAGUGACAGUACGCUGGAAAAACCUCCUUCUAACAGGCAAAAACACUGAGCAGGACAAGACUUGUGUUAGCCUGCCACCCGCCACUGCUGAUAUAUUAUAAUAAUAUGAUAUAAUAUUGUGGAUCAGGACCUUUUAUGUGGAAAUGAUCAGCAGAUUUAUUAAUGAUGACAGUGAUCAUCAGCUGCAUUCCUUAGCAGAAUUCAUGAAACUGUCAAAGUCACAUGUUCUCAUGUAGUUUGUGUAUCUUAUUACGUUUGAACAUUUUAAGGGGCACAUGUGCACAUUUUUGCCCUGGAUUGUGAUUCUUGAGGGAGCGCGCGCAAUGUGCAGUAAACUUAAUUCAUACACAAAGAGAGAUAGGGGUAGGGCUGCACGGUAUUGAAAAAAACUAACAUUGCAAAUUUUUUCAUACCUGCAAUAUUAAAGAAUACAAUAAUUUUCACCAGAUGACCUGAAUAGCUCUCUAUGCUAUGCUACACUGCUGAAAAUCUUGUGGAAAACUAACCUGCACUGAUCUUACCUCUUUUUGUGAAUGUUAGUAGAAUGGCGUCUCGGGCUGUACGUUAACUUUUUUUUUUUGUCCGUAGCGCUGGUGCUUCAGAGGUUGACAAUCUUGUAGCGUAAGACAAAAACCUGUAGCACAAUAUAUGACAGGUCUAUUUAAAGAAACAGGUAGUGUGACUGGCAAAGGACACAUUGUACGUAUUGCAUAUAGUAAAUAAAAUCCAAGCCUAAGUGUUUUCUGAAACAUUUUCUUUUUUCUUUGUCCAUUAUACAUAAACAAAGCAAUAAUAUUAAUGUUACAUAUUUAAAUCUGUACGAUUAAAUAACACAUUUUCUUUAAAAAGCAUUUGGAAUGAACAAAUACAUUACACUGAUGUAAAUAUAUUAAGAGGAAAAGAUAAAUAUGUAUGUUAGAGAGAAUCAACUGAUUUGGCGCGUCUGACUUGCUAGAAGUGGCAACAAGUCUUCAUUUUCGGCGGUUUCCUCUUGUUCGUUGCUCAUUCUGUAAUACUUGUUGUUACCGGCAGGGGCGUGGUCUCCUCCUCUGAUUUUGAUUGGCAGCUGGUAGGGUAGUCUGCUUGGCAACUGAGUAAAGAACGAACGUGAUUGGUGGAUCGCUGCAUAGCACACAGAGAGUCGACAUGCAGUGUAUGUCAGUCAGCUUCCCUUGAAAUUAGAUGAAUUCAUUCGCCUGCCACAUCGCAGGAUCUGCAAUGUGACUAUCGUGCACACGUACAUCGCGAUGACGAUGCUCAAACGAUACAUUGUGCAGCCCUAGAUAUAGAGAUAGAGGGCGCAUGCGCAGGUGUCUGCAGUGUGAGAAAGCUUCAAUAGAAGUUUGGGAGUGUGAUGUGAGUCUUUGUCAAGGCUGUGUUACCAUCUGGACUGCUUUGGCGAUGAUAAGGCUCAAGUACAAGGUCCUGUGAUAGUGGGUAUUUAAUGUGUGUGUGUGUGUGUGUGUGUGCGUGUAUUUGGCCAAACAGACGGAGAAAGACCUCAGCCAAACACAACACCAUUUAUCUGGCCUUGACUCUUUCAGUCUGCUUCACCCCUAACUCAAGGAAAUCAAGUAGCUCUCCCCUCCCUCAACAGCAGAGCUUAAGUCAGUUGAAGUGUCUGUUUCCUUAACGUGUAAAGGUGCAUUUAAGGGUAUUGUGCAGAGAAGUGUAUCAGGAGCAGAACUUUGUGAUUUCAGCCUCUGCAUGCAUUAACACAAGUGGUAGAAUCAGUCAAGCUUCCCCCAUUAAAACCCUCCCAUCCUCAGCAGUGACACGGCACACGAGGUUGCUUUUCUAAAAUAACUCUUCACUGGGGGAAACACUCAACUGUUGCUAACUUGCAACACUUAAAAAAAGUCCUCUAACCAAACACCUCAUGUGAUACAUCGCACUUUGAAGAAUGUGAAGUAAGAUAUGAUACACCGGUGACCUGGGUAGUCUCUCCGCAUUUGUCCGAUUUCUCUCUCGCUGUUUUUGUGUGUCCCCUCUGGUCAGUAAUGUGUGUGUGAGUGUGUGUGUGUGUGUGUGUGUGUUUAGUCUAAGUCUAGAGUCAUUGGGUAAUUUAUUCCAGAGGAGGGCAAAGGCUCUGCAUGGUGAUGAAUUAAUCCACUGUGCUUUUUCUGCCGGCUGAGAGGAGGGAGACUGAUAUUGCCUCUUUUUUCAUUCUCUCUCUCUUUCACUUUCUUUCAUUUGGACAUCAAACUUGCUGUGCUCUUCCUCUUUUGGUUGCUCUUGCUUCAGAAAAACUUUUCUUCUUGGGUUUUACUCUGAAUGUCCAGUAUUGGCACAUUUGACACCCUCUCUUUGGUCUCUGUUUUUUACUGUCACAAUGACAUUUAUGAUUUAAAGACAGUAGGAGCAGUCUCCCAUAGAAAUGAUGACGUUCAUCUGACUUCAAUGGCCCUGCUGUUGUCUUUGUCUUGACAGCUGCUGAUUGGAUCGGGUGCAGGACUCUGCUUAUCUGUGUCUAUCAAGGAUGUCAUGUGUAUAUGUACAAUGGGCUUUUAUAGCUGCCGAGCAUGGCACUAACCCCUGGCAUGCAGCCAUAGUUAGCAGUUUGACUCACAGGGAGAAGUUGUGAUGUGACACAGACAAUAUCAUCAACGCAAAUCCCAUAAUAGUCUGACAUUUUAUUUUUCUAUCUAUCUUUGUAGUCAAAAGAUAAAUUAAAAAGGGAGAUAAGAAAAAAGAGAUACCACCCUGAUGGCUAACCUUACAUGGAGAUGAUCUGAAACGACUCGUUUUCUGGUUGUUUAGAUGGAAUUUAAAUUCUAAAACUCUGACUAGUCUGAGGGUAAGAAAACACUCAGAAAACAGUCAAAAUUGAGCACAGUUUCUAUGAAAUGGUAUCAAACAGGAUUGCAAAGUCUGCAGGUGAACAAUGUCAAGCUUUUUCAAAGUCUGGCUAACAAUAGCAGAGCUUGCACCACCUGCCUUUGUCACUGCUAGCAUGUUGAAGUCCACAUGUCUAUCCUUCCACUUUGCUUUAGUCGAGCAGCCAACAUACAACUGCAUUUCCACCAUGUCAUGCAAUGAUAAGACAUUUGCUUGUUAGCGUCUGGACAGUAUAGCAGUCUGGCCAUAACAAUGAACUGGAGCUAGUGUCAGCUAACACCAUUUAACUUUCCACCAUUAGUUUAGUUUAGCAUCACGACUGAAAGCUUUGCUAUCAGGCCGUCUUUGACUGUCUUUGUCUUUCAACAGGCACCAAGGCAAACAUUUCUUACAGGAACUUUAAUCUCUAGUUGUUUAACCAGGAAAUUCCUUGAGGUGAAUAUCUCUUACAGAGUCCUGGACGAGACAGAAGACAAAGUUACACAACUAAAUGAAUGUAUAAAAAAACACAACAGAGAUAUUUCCCUUAUCAAUCUAACUGGAUUAUUUAAACUGUAUUUGUUUUCAGCUUUUUUUCUAUACAGCUGCGCCAAAGCAGACACUCCUUGUGGGAUUGAUAUGGUAGUUUAAUUGAUCGAUAGGAUAGCUUGUCUGUGUUCUCUGAACCUCUUCGCAUUUUGCUAUUUCACUUAAUAGUUAUUUUCAGACUAAGGAGGCAGGUGGGAGUAGCAGAAGUGUCAAGUGCAGAUUUUUAUCUUCAAGUUUUUUGAACGGCUUAAACAAAUAAAAUGUUUUGCCAAAGCAUUAUGGGAGGGCUGGUGAGCAUAUUUAUGAUCACUGAAAGAGCUAAGCUAGUUCUUUCGCUGUGUUUCAAGUCUGUCUGCAAAGCUAAGCUAAGCAGCUGUGUCUUUAGCUUUUUGUUUAAAACAGACAUUUCAGUGAUAAAGAAACUCUCGACAAGACAUUGAGACACUGUACAGUUCUCAAAAUGUAGAACUGUUCCUUUAAUUUUUCUCUUUCUAAUGUAACUAUAGAUCUACAUGUCAAACUUUUUAGAUACACUAACAUCACAGAAAACAUCAUAAACUACUGAAAUAGCCUUAAAAAUACAACCAUUACUGUCCGUUAUGUUUCCUUUAAAGAAAACAUCAUCUGCAGUGUGACUUUGUUUUCCUUCCUGUCUGGAGUGUCUGCAGGGGCAGCAGGGGUGACACUUCUUGAAGCCUGUCAUUUAUCUCCACUGGAACACGAGCAGAAGGAGUCAGGAGGAAUUAAGACGGGGCUCAUUGAGCACCCACAGUCCAGAGAUUGAUGUCAUGUGCCGUUACAGCAUUUCUACCUUUUAUUUCCUAGAACUGAUCUAUUCUUGAGCAUGGAGCAGCUCUGAAACUUGAUAUAAAGCCACCAAAGUCUCCUCCUGCUGACACCAUGAGCGUUGAUCCUGUGUUCAAAUCAAAUUAGGAUAGCAUAAUAAAUCCCUUUGUCAGCCUUAACGCAGAUCCAGUGAGUCUCUUCAUGUGCGAGAGCUGGCUCACUGAUGAGGUGUCAAUUGGGUGCGUGUACUUAUGACACAGAACCUCCCAUUGUUUUUUAAAUAGUCUUAAAUAAUGUCACAUUCAAAGCCCACUCGACUCCCUGCUCCCCCUCCAGGUUUAGAGUUUAGUAUCAUAAGGUCAGCAUGUGAUAGCUUCAUGAGAUUAUGGACAUGGUAUUCUUCAAAAACAAGGCGCUGUGUGAGUGUUUACUUUGGAGCCGUGCUCUCUGUUCUCUGUCAGGAGCUCACAGGAAUGUAGAUGUGAGUGGGCUCAAGUCCACUAGUGGCCUUUUCAGCUCCUCCUCGACCGUAUCUCUCCUAAUAUCUGGGCUCUGUGAGCAUCUGCAGGUGUCUCUAUUUUGUGCAGUCCUGGUUUAGAUCUAACUUACUGCUUCGUGUUUUGUGACUUUAGAAGUUGAGUAAAGUGGAGGCUCUCAGUGUUAGGAUAAAUAAAAAGUAAACAGAUGAGGUGAUCUAAUAGGCAGCAGUCCUGUUAACGGCCCUCAUGUUACUCUGAUGUCUUUUGUAACCUACAAAUAAAUAUUGCUCCUGUUGCCUGUGAAGCAAUAUGUUGACCAUCAAUCAGUUAAUCCAAAGAAGUGGGACUUAAAAUACACCGUUAUUGGAACAAAAACACUUGAUAUUUUAUGUGCUGUUUGGCUGUAACUUUUUGAAACUGCAUAUCUUGACCAGGACACUCUUGUAAAAGAGAUUUUUAAUCUCAAUCAAGCCCUUCUGGUUAAAUAAAUUUGAAAAUAUAAAUGACUACAUAAAUGAGGCAUGAUGAAACAGACGGCUCAUAUUUAUAUAGCUCAUAUUUUGCAUCAGAAAAUACGAGUUUUUUUUUUUUUUUUUUUACAAAAAUGUGAUUAUUUAAUUUGAAUAUUAGGAGGUUUGUAGAAGUGUUGUAUGCAUUAUGAACUUGUACACAACAAUAUUGACUUUAUUCAAACACAAACCUAAAGACUGUAGAUCCAGAGAAAACAUAUUUUAGUCAGUAGUCUUUUACUCUGUUUUUGAAGCUGUAGAGUUUUUUGAUCACUGCAGAGUCACAGUGACCUCCUGGAUAUCGACGCUGCCUCACUUUAUUUCAUUUACCUCUGAACAGAGCCAGGGCAGCUGUUUUUCUAUCUUCUGAAUCUUUUUUGUUUUUUUUUUACUAAAUUAGCUGACCACUGACUUUAACCAAACUUUGAAGCCUCUAGAGUGUUAUAGAUCUUUCCAGUCAAAGAAGAAAAAAAGGAUUUCACAUAUCCUUUCUUGAAUCCUUGACAAAAAUUUGAUGAUGAAAAAUCAUGUCAGGUUUGUGUUGAGGUCAAGGUAACCCUGCCAUGACACUAAAAAAACAUUUUAAAAGUUCAGCAGGGAGGGUCUUGGUUUUUCUAAUGAUUCGAUAUCCCAGAGGACUUCAGUGAGCGCUUCUUUCCCAGCAUUUUGUGGUUGCUGCUUUUUUUUUAACAUUUCCUACAGUGAAUCCUGGUGAGACUGCUGUGAGAGAGUCAGUAUUGAUAUGAUUGAGCUCAGUUCCCGUGCCAUGUAUUAUAACAUGCUUUGGCACCUUGUUUCCAAAUGUUAGAUCAUUUGGAUGAUUCAUCUGCUUCCCCUCUCUGUAUUCUGUGAUUGUCUAUUCAGUUGUUGUUACGAUAACUUUUAGCAGCUUUAGUUUUUCCUCAGAAUAUGAAAGCAUGCUUUAGACCCCACAGUGGUGUCAUGUGGAUACCCUCUAUAGGUUUAUAUCCCACACUUUUGGGUGGUUUUGAAAAGUACAGCAUGUACAGAACACAGCAUCAUUGUUCCUCCAGAGGAAGAGUUCAUCCAAGAGUCAUCUCUCUCUGCCAUAGUGUCAAAGUGUCCAUAGGCGUGUACCAAAUCUCCCCUGGAAAGAGCUUUAUGUGGGAACUGUGGCCUGCUCUGACCGUGUACAACACGAUGUGCUAACUAUGCUGACAGCCGCAAUGACAGCAUCUGGUUACUGGAGCACUUUGGCCAUUUUCAUGUCCGGUCCCAACACUCUUCCUGCAGCCAGAAGAAACUAAAGAGAGGUUUGUCCCCUGCACAGCAUGGUGAAAGAUUCUCCUGAGGCAUGAUUUUCAGAAGCAGCAGGUAGAUUCAGUAAUAACCAAUAAACCGUGAUGGGUAUUUCUCUGCAGAGUUUGGCAGCUGAUCUAAAAAACCCAGUUUGACUCAAACUGCUCUGGAGGAUUUGACUUCAUUUUGCUCUCUUUUCUCCACCAAAGAGGCGCUGAGCAGACAAGAGCCUCGUAGGAUUUAAGCGAACAGGCCUGCAGCUUAUUGGCUGUAGUAAACACGCAACACACUCAUUCACCUGCUGAACCGGGCAUUAAGUCAGCAGUGUUUGUCUCCUCCCUCUUUUUAAUGGACCGGCUAUGACGCAAAACCCUCUGGAGAGUGUCUUGCCUUUUGCUCUGAAGAUAUACUGUACUCUCAGUUGAUAUAUCCCUCACAGUUUCUGCGGGGCCGAGCACAGAUGGGGCUCAUUGUUUUCGUUAUGUGAGGUGUGUGUGUGUGUGGUUGCAAGGACACUUAUAAAUCUGAACUCCAGUGUUGGUCUCUCAGUAUGCUCAGUUUUUUUGUCUCGGUCACUUUCUAGAUUUUGCCAAUUAAACAUUUGGUGAAGCAAAGACUCAGCUUCACUGUGUCCAAGAGAAGGUAUCAUCUGAAUAUCUCCCAGUGACAGAGCUGUGAUAUUAAAAUCAAUUUAGGUGUGACAAGCAAAUGAUGAUUGUGGCUUAGCUGCAGAAACAAGAAGUGAGCCUGUCUGAGUUACUCUGCUGAAUGAUAAAUGACUCAAAUUUCUCGGGAAAAUUCAAGUGUAAAUGUGAAUGUGCAAAUCAGCCUGUAAGAUUUUUCUGUCAGUUCGACUGAGGUAAUGUAAUAAACCAGAACUAUAUCUAACUUUGUGCUUAAUUUCAGACCCAUCGCUCCAUAUCAGAGUUAAAAAAAAUAACAAAACAGACCAUUUGUCAAAACUGAAUUGUACAGACCAUGAAUUUAAAAUAAUAUAUGCAGCAUAUACUUGAAAAUAAACAGUACUGGUGCUUAGGUAUUUAUUUCAGUACAAAAUAAAUGAUAUUAAAGAAGAUCAAAACUUGAGUAUGGUUUGUGUCUAAUUCUAAUUUUAACAGUUCUUCAAAUAUUCAUUUCCUUUAAGUCAGCCGCAGUUACUAAAAUGAUAUUAAAGAAGAUCAAAACUUGAGUAUGGUUUGUAUCUAAUUCUAAUUUUAACAGUUCUUCAAAUAUUCAUUUCCUUUAAGUCAGCCGCAGUUACUAAAAUGAUAUUAAAGAAGAUCAAAACUUGAGUAUGGUUUGUAUCUAAUUCUAAUUUUAACAGUUCUUCAAAUAUUCAUUUCCUUUAAGUCAGCCGCAGUUACUCUGUUGUUACCAAACGCGUCAGCCUUUGCAUGCGGUAUGAUAAGUAGAGGAACAAACUUAGAUCACUCCUCAGAAGCAGUAGAAGUGAGAAGGAAAUGACUUCAUGGAAACUAUGACAGCACAUGCCACAUUAAAAAUAAUUUAAACCUACAAUAGAGACAAUGAAAGCUGUUUGAUCGGCCUACAGCAGUGAAUCAAUAGCUUUUGCGCUCCCUCGUGUCUGUCAAAAAGCACCUGUGCCAUUUAUUGCACCUGCUGCACCUGCCUGAGUACAUUCCUCACAGGUCAUUUGUUUUAGCCGGGUGUCACUGUAUUAACUGUGUAAGCAGAGGAGUCGAUUGUUUCCUUAUUGUGAUAUUUAUUUUGAACUUUAUUAUUUGUUGUGCUGGUUUUAUCCUUCAUAUUUAUACAUUUAGUGUUAAACUGGAAUCAGGACAACCAGUUUUUUCAGGCCUGUUUUCACAUAAUUUCUCUGCUCUGAAUGAUCUAAAAAUGUUAAACAUGAAGCUGAAAAUAAGGUUUUAAAUAAUUAUUUUUCAAAGCCAGUGCAUCAGUCUUUACCUGCUGUCUAUCAUCAGGACACAGACACCUAAGAGCAUCAUACAAGAAUACUUUAAAAUAAAAUGGAAAAUGUAUAAUCUGUCAUCAUGUUAUCAUGGUUUAACUCCACAAUACAUGGACGUGGCCUUAGUGUUGUACACAUUGGUUUCUAUAGUGGCCUAAGAAAGCCAAACAGUAAUGGUCGCCAUUUAAAGAAAGCUGACCCAACAUAACUUUCAGUCAGCCGGGAAACAGGUAAAGCUGAGGCGGGCCCUUAGCCUCUUGGCAAACAGAUAUGACACACCCUCCUGUACAACAGCUCAGCCAUGCCCCUAAUUAUGCAAAUUUACACACAACUCUCUAAGAUGAUAUAAUAAAGUAGAGUGUGUUAUAACAAAAACUAUCCCUCCCCAGUGCACGUGUAUGAACGUAAAUGAGCUUUGUAUAGUUUUUGGAGUGGGCUCUAAAUAUGUGAUUUAAUUACUUGUGAUUUAAGUACUUUAAUUAAAUUCUGUAAAUCCAAAACAGAUCAACAUUUAAUUACAUCAAUACUGGAUGUAAUUGACUGUAUUCAAUAGCAAUGAAAAAAAGCGAGUAAAAACAGAACUUUUAUUUUCGUGCUCAAUUUCAAUGUCAGAUUUUUGUAUUAAGGAAAAAGGAAACAUAAGGGUUUAAAUCUCAUGAGUAAUUUAAAACCUAUUUUUGUGAAUUUAUAAUCAGUAACAUAACUCUUGGUGUUAAAAUGCUCAAAAUGGGCCUGCUGAUUUCACAGAUCAGCAAAGGUCUCAUCACAAAACACCCCUGUCUGAGGUGAUUUUAAGAUAACCAUGGAUUAAAAACAAAAACUUACCAUUCAUUAAAAUAGUAUAUCUGAAAUGAACGGUCAAUAAUCACAGUGAAUGAAAUAAGUGAAUGAAUUUAAACAGAAACUCAGUGUAGAUCACAUUAAAGCUGAUAAAUACAUUUGUUCUUGAGUUUUACAGGAAGUUUCUAUUCCAUUUCUUGCUGCCUUUCUCUUUAUUUUUACCGCCAUAUUUUUACAGGAUUCUACGAUGAACUCUUUUUGGUAAAAUCAUUCACAGUUUUUCAUACAACAACAAAUUCAGAAAGAAAUCUAGUCUUAACGUCUGGGUUUGUUUAGCAGCUUCGAUGAAUGUGUGUUGGCAUGUGGUCAAAAAAUCCCCAUUUCUCAUCCUGUUUGUGUGUGUGUGUGUGUGUGUGUGUGUGUGUGUGUGUGUGUGUGUGUGUGUGUGUGUGUGUGUGUGUGUGUGUGUGUGUGUGUGUGUUUAAAUCAAAGACAGUUUAAUGUGCCAAGCUCGCAGCUCCAGCUCGUGUCACUCACUGAUCCCUCAUGCUACGGUGACAUCAGUGCUCCUGUUUUAGCAGGUGAAGAGGAGGGGGAGCCCGCUGGUGAUUAUCUAAUGCCCUCACAGUCAUCUGAAGAGCCUCAGAGAAACGCCUCUGAUAUUUUCAUAAACAUCUUAGCUGUUGCACGGAGGUGGAGCCAUGCAGGGCUGCAGAUAGAUCAGGGGUGGUGUGGCGGACAUGGGCGUAUUACUAAUUCUAAUCCUCUCUUUAGGCCACAGGGCCGCUGAGGUAAUUAAGAUUGUACAGUUUGGUAUGGCUCUGGCAGCAAAUUCGCUGUCGAGUAACAAUCUCGUAUUGAGGCUAGACGGUCCUCUUGUGUAGCUUGUUUGCCCUCUGCUUGUCAUGUUGUCAUGUACUUGGCUGCACUUUAAAGGAGGAGUGGCUGACUGCAAUGGAAAGGUUCCCGGUAAGAUUACAGUGCAUUGUAGUGUCACUGGAUUGGGCUGUGUCCCACUUAGACUUCCCAAGCUCCUAUAGCUAUAGCUUGUCCUUCUGCUGUAAUGGGCUCUGACCUUGCAGGGAAUCGGUAAAUGACACUAGGUUAAAAUAAAAGUAAAACACAAAAAGAUUAUGAUAAAUGCAGCAGAGACAAUAUAUAAAUAAAUAUUCUGUGGUGUGUUUAUGUAAAGAAAUUCAGUUUUUAUCUGGGAUGGAUGAGGAAGUGAAACAGUCCAGUGGUGAGCUGCUGGGGUCAGAGGAGAAGGAGGAAGUUUAAGUAAGGGGCUGCCCCAGAGCCCUGCAUGGCUUAGGAUUGUCCAGGUCUUACGGGGAUUUCAGGGUAAGACGGAUAAGGACAGAAAUACCUUGAAGGUGAGCAUGGGAGAAAGUGCUCUGCUCUUCAAGGAUCUGUCAUCCGUCUUUAAUGAAUUUACACACUCAGUGGUGGGAGAUACAGGCGAUAUCAUAAAUGUAACUCUUGGAUAUGCUGUCCAGUUAACUCUGCAUGAGACUCGGCCUGCAAUACUGUUAUAUUUUCGUACCUGAAGUUGAGACAGGGCAUUUUUUUGGAGAGUGUAAGUUCAAACACAGCUUCAAGUUUUUUGUUUGUUUCUGAGGUUGGAGAUUUGAUAAAUGUUUAAGGGCCAAACCUUGAGCCAUAAAUGAAGUAACAAAGCCUGUAGCUUUAAGGCUUUGCUUACAAUAUUUGAACGGAGUUAAAGAAAUCAUAAGCAGUACUCAGUGAUGACUUUUCCGUCACUCCGGAAACUUUCGGUACCUAUUGAAGCUAAACUGUGUUAGACCCAUCUUAUUUCUCUCCAUCUUUCCUGUGAAUGAAGCACUGGACUCCCCCCCAGCUAUUGCUUCCACUGGAGUUAACUGUUUCUUUGGCUGUGGUCCAGUAACACACAAACACACAAAUUAGCGCUCAUCACCAAAGGUGCCACCAAGCACAAUUAAAUUAGAAUCUAUGUGGUCGUUGCUUUAGAGCUGCAACAGAAAUCCUGCUUAAAAGUGGAGGUGAGGGGGCUGAAGGAAGAUCCUUUUAGGAGGUCAGGGAAGUCUGAUGGAAGUAACUGUUGCACCAUGGGAGAUGUAAUAUAUACUGUAUAUAUAUCUUUUAACUUUAUCUAUUUAAGGGACAAAGUUUUUGCAUGUUCAAAAUAGGCUUUUCAUCACCACUUUUACCAGUACAGUGUUACAAAGUUGUUUGGCUUAUGGUGGAUUAAUAUCAGAUCUUUGUUAUGGCUGUCAAAUGAGACAUUUUUAAAAUCACAUUAAUUGUUGACUGCAGUUAUUCAUAUUUAAUUGCAUUAUUUAUAAUUGUCUCGAUUUUUAUUCCAAGAAUGUUUUAAAUCCAUUUCAAGUAUAAAGUUACUGAAUCUCGGGUAAUAAAUUAAUGUUACAUUAAGAAAUGAGCAGAAUGUCCAGUCAGUGUCAAUAUGGAUCCAAAGUAGUCUGGGAUCAUUCUGAUUAGUCACUGACUCCCAGGGAUUCCUGGCUACUGAAACAGCAUUUGCACUUUUCAGGAGUUUCUUCUGUCCCCUGCAAUAAAAAUCGAGAAAAUAAACAAUAUCGUAGAAUCGCAAUUUAAAUCGAAUUGGCAUUUAAAAAAUUGUAGAAGAAUCGAUUUGGGAGAAAAGCAUAUCGUCCCAGCCCUAGUAGUUAACUUCCUCAGUUUGCUUUCAUUCACAGGUCUGUGGUAUCAAAAUAGUGCUCUACCGGCUUCUGUGACACUGUUGCCUGCUAACGUCACUCUGAUUAUUCACGUUUGCUUAGCUUGUAGGUGGCAGCUUAUGGCGGCGUAUUACUUUAGGCCUGUCAAUUGAGUCAUCUAGGAGUUUUUGACGUGAAAUUUGCCAUUUAAUAUUGCGGUAGUGUCAUUAUUUUCCAUAACAUUGGCAGCAGGAGCAGGGAAAUGGGAAAGGGAAACACAGCUCAUAUUUUUUAAGAUUAGCACACACUUUUCAAAUCUUUAUAAUGUUGAGAUUCACUUGUAAUGCUGACAGCCUAAGGCCCGAACUACACGUAUAUGGAUAUUUAUUUAUCAGGAUAUUUUUGUACUCCCGUCUAAAUAAAUGUAUCUGUCCACACGUGUUAGUUCUCAAAAAUAUCUGCGUCCACACGUAGCCUUCAAACUCAAUCCUAUCUGGUGCCGCUUAAAAAAAAUUCAGGAACAAAGCUAACUGAUUGGCCGAUGAAUCGUAACAGCGUGAUGCGUCAUGCAUUGUUUGCGGAAGCUACGCUAGUGCGUCGGGUCCAUGUGACGGACCAUGUGAUAAAUAAAUAAAAGUAUUGGCCGCAGCAGAAGCGUCUGUGAGCUGGCUGACUGGUGGAUGUCAUUGUGUAAAACAAGGUUCACUUGCAAGGCUGAAAUUAGCCCCAAAAGGGCAAAACAAACGUAAAGAAUACCAUGUCUGUCCGCCAUCAUUGUUGUUUUUCUUUUUAAUUCGCAUGCGCGAGCUGCGGUUUGACGUCAUCGAUCCGUAAAAGUCCAACCACACGAAUCCACUACGGAUACGGGAUACAGAUAUUUUUUUAUUUUUCCACUUGUUUUUCCGGAUUCAGAUUUAUACGGUUUGAGUGCUCCAAACUCCCGUUUUGGUGUGGUAGGGAGGCCUAAUCGGACAUAAAUAUGUGCGGUUUGAAAUAUAUCCGCAUUCGUGUAGUUCGGGCCUAAGUAUUGAUAUUAAAGCAAACAGUUGAGACUCACCCUGUUUGAGAAGUGUAAUGAUGUCACAUUUGUAUCAGAUUAGUGCGCCAUAUUAAUGGAGAUUGAUUAGUUAGUUGGUGUAUUGCUUGAUUAAUUGUUGUGGUACCCUUUCAGGAGGCUUGGUACUUUGUGGUUUGUUGGUUCCUGUGGUCCUGAGCUAGAGCGGUGUCCCUUUAGGAAAGUUUAGCGGUUUGAUUCUCAUGCCAAAAUGUCAGAGUGUAUUCAGGUGAGAGACUGAUCCCAAUUUGCUUAGUAAUUAAAAGUUAAGUGUGUAGUAUUCAGCGCCAAGCGAGUUGUACAGUUGUAAAAGACGGAUACAAUGAAACAUGAAAUUAUCUCUGGAAUUAAUCCACUGGUAAGAGUAAGCCGUUUCUAUUCAGUUCAGCCUGACCGGUCAACCCAGGUUCAGACAAUUUAGUUGCACAUCAAGUUAAGUACUACACUGAAUACUGCAUACUGCACCUUUAAGUAGAAACAACACAAGCAGUCUGUGAACCAUCUUAGAGACAAGGAAAAGGUGUGUUACUGGCCGACACUGGCCUAGCAGUCCUACAUGCACCCCAUGUACGGAGGAUGUGCCACAAGCCGUCUCUUCCAGUCUGUUGCUCCUUUCCUACAAGUCACUCCCCGCUAUCUCAUCCUGCUUUUUACGCUUUCCAAGUACUUUGGACUUUCUUAAACCGGGGGGAUUUGAAAAGCAAGAGAUGACCCACAAACUCAAACUAAUUGUUAGCGUCAAACCAAAGGGAAAUGUGUGAAGUUAUUUUGUUGAAUUCCACCGUUUAGGGGAAGUUCUAAAAUAUUUUUGUAGCAUCUUUUUCUGGAUCACAUCUUUUGGAUGGUCCCUCUGCUCUGGGGUUAUGGUGAGCUGUGCAUCAAGACCACUGUAAAAGCUGUCCAGUUCACAGACUCAUACUAUUGAAACCAGUAGCUCACUGUCUACCUUACAAUGACUGACAAGAGGAGUCAGAAUUGUUCAAGCAAUGGUUCACUGAUGCGUUGUUAACCCUCGAGGGUUGAAUCUAUGAAUAUAUUUCCUUCUUUUUUUAACUGUGAUUUGUGCAGAGGGCAGGCCGCUUCACCUGACUUUAAUUUUCGCGUUACACUUAAAGUGUUCUCAGUGGUCUUUAAAUUGUGAUUAUGAAGUUUUUACCCAAAAUCGCAUUACCCGUGUCAUUUUCAAGGGCUUUUCUUCUGCAGAGCUCCAAUCGUUUAUUAGCAAUUCGCCUCGGAGUCGUGGGCGGAGACAGCGCUGCUCUGCACACUCGUCUUCACGUUAACUUGCAGCCUAACAUUGCCGGUGUAGUAGAAGUGGCAGGUAACAUAGGAGCUAUUCAGCUCUCUGACACUAAUGUCUUUAGGGACACAAUGAAAGCAAAUAUCAUAAUUAGCUUACUUACGAGCAUUGUAAUCUGCUAACGCACACGCUUCUUUGUAUUUCUCCUCUAUAUGCAGAGUGUGGCCUGCAUGGCGGGGCUCCGGGGGCGGAGCUUGGAUUGAUUAUGUGUGAAAUCUCACUGUUUCUGAAUCUGCCGUUUGGGUCUGCCAGAGAUUCACAGCGAUUUGAAUGAAGAAAUACUUAGAAAAGCAAUUUUGCAUUUAGUUUUCUCAUAUGUCCUGUAGCAUCAGAAAAAAUCCAUAUGAACAUAUAGAAAAUAAGAAAAACAUGAUUUUCAUCGGAGUGGGUCUUUAAACUACAGGAAAGUGCAUGUACAUAAAAAGCGGCUCAGGUAUGAGGAAUCAGUGACCUUCUGUCCUUUCUGUUUGUUUGGAUAUGCUUUGCUCACAACAUACAUACACGAUAUCUUUUAAGUUAGGGGGAAAUUGGAAAUUCAGCUAAGGUGAAUCCUUUAAUUUGAAAAACUGCAGAGACAGCAGCCUUACUGGAUACCAGGCUUAUGGUUUUAUGCAGUCAUGGAGUGGACUCACUUCUGUGCCUCCUUCCAUGUUUAAUGAGUACAUCUCUCUCCUGCCUCUGCUCUCCUUCACAUCUCCCUGUAGACCCGUGUGUGUGAGCGCCCUGAGAACAGUCACUCGCCCUCAUCACUUAGCCUGAUGGCUGGGACGGCUCCGCUGCCAGGCCUCAGUUACUCUCUCUGGCACAGUGACGCACAAAUCACAUACACGCUUGCGCCACUAUGGACACAGUGUAUGCAUGCAGACCCAGGCAGCGUCACGAGCUGAGGGAGUGCAGCAUGUACUCUGAUGUCACUGAUGUGUGUGUAUAUAUAUAUAUAUAUAUAUAUAUAUAUGUGUAUAUAUAUAAUCCACAGUAAAUACAUUUUCUAUCAAGGCAACCAAGAGCCAGAAGCAUUCAGAGAAACUGUUGUACUUAGCUGAAUCUGUGUGUUCUUGUGUUUUUUUUCCAGUAUGCAGAAACUCGAAAUCAUUUUUCUUUGCUGAGUAAAGCAGUAGAGGUUGUUGUAGGGUAGAAUUAACGUUUUAUGCUUCACAUGAAGAGAUGGUUACAAGCUGUGGACCACCAGCGAGAAACAAGGACAGGUCACCAAGGAUGAAGUAACCUAUCCUUUUUCUGCAAACUCUGUAUUUUUAAACCGCAGACGUCAUUUGAGGGCGUUAGGGACUGAAUUCCAGGACAAGUUCGGUCUCCUGUGAGUUACACGGUGUCUUCCCUUUCUCUAUGUGUGUGUGUGUGUGUGUGUGUUUGUGCAUUCCCGUAUGCUUGAAUUUCCGCACUAUCUGUUGAGGUAGGAGGGAUGUCACUGCAGACAGAAUAAAGGUCAGGGCGUACUCUAAAAGCUCUGCUUGCAAAACAAUGAAUCUGUAUGUGUGCGCUGUUCUUCAGGGAUGAUUAGAAAGCCCACUUUUUGGAGCAAAGUGGAGUGUACUUUGGACAAGUUUUAGCGUCUUUUUUGGAGCUUUUUCUUUAUGAUAUAGAUCUUUUAUCACCAUCUAGUCGAGAUGAUAGCACUCAAAUCCCUAUCUCACCUUGACCUGAUGUAAAACUAGUAACAACAGCAGCUCACUUCUGCUGUGUAAGUUUGCAAAAUGCAAGCUAACCUAAAAAUCAUUACUUAGCCUUUAUAUGCAGUGGAAUAAAGGUUGAAAGUUUGAGGACUGUGGUGUUGUGCUGGACUCUGGGCAGUGUUGACCAUGUCGUUGCUGCUUGGUAUACAGUUACAAUGUGCCAAAUGUAGGUUGGUGUGUGUUUGGCACAUGCUCAGUAAACUUUAGAUAUCUGAGAAGAUGAAUAAAAAGAAAUAACCCAAUAACACACCUUGGGUUUUUUUUUAAUCAUGAAAUAUGACAAAUUUAAAGCUCCAGAGAAACGGGCUGACAUGAACAGUGAUGCAUCUCUAUGAUUUAUUUAGACAAAUAAGACCAAUGAUGACAAGGAUAAGACAAAAUCAAAAACAGUAUAAGGGUCACCACUUUGUCCACAGGGAGAACCAGACAAGAGGGAGUUACAAAAAAUAUAUAAAUGAGUAUUGAAGCAUAAUUUACAACAAAAUGCAUGUGUCACUUUGCCUCUAACUUCUGCCUAUUUAUUGUCUGUUGAAGAAUAAUGUCUGUGUCAGAAAAUCACCAACUUUCAUUAAUAUUUUCCAGUUGAAAAAUCCUUCAGGUAGAUGUGUCCUGCUGGUCUGUCCCCCUUCUUCUUGCAGAGCUCCACAGUCAAGUCAAACUGAUCGUUCUGUCGGCAGAGUUUAUGUCGUAAUUUUUGAUGUCUCACUCAGCUGGAGAACAAACAUCUGACACACAAUAAAAAGGACAAAGCUAGUGACUGGACAUCGUUGAUUGUAGUUUUUGAAUGAUAAACAAUAACCUGGAUGGUGACAGGAAAUUAUAGCUUUUGUUCCAGGAGGUUGUUCUUUAUUCUGUGGUGCAUCUCACCCAAAAACGCAGGGAGACGGACAGGCAAAGGCAACAGAGAUGAAAAUUCAGAGAAAGCGAGGACGUUCAGAGAGCUGAUCCACGGUGGCCUAGUUUCUGCUACCAUGCAAGUGACUCAACCAGAGUCUUCUGCCUGGCUGACUGUGGGCUUGGUCACUGUGGAUUAGACGUGUGUAUGGAGCUAGAAUAGAUUAAACUGCAAAUACAUCAACAUGUCAGAAAAAUGUCUUAUUAUUACGUAGGCAAGGCAGAAGAAAUGAAUGAAACAACUAGAAAAGGAGCGUUGAAAUCAGACGUUUAUAUGACAUGUUGCAUUUACUAUUUACUGUGCGUUCUAUCAUCUAAAUGGGUUGACAAGCUUUUUUCACGUAAUUUGAAAGGUUUGUAGAUGCAUUUGCUGCAGAUCUGGGGUAAGAUUAGACUUUUGCACAGGGAAUUUUACAUUUAACAGGUCUGGAUUGUCUCCAUGUGUAAACUCUUGCAUCUUCACUAAUGACUGACUACAUCUACAAAUGUGCAGGAAAAUCAGGGACAGGUAUUUAAGGAAAGCAAGUAAAAGCUUGGAGGUUGCAUUGUAGUAUCCACCUGAUUCUGGGUCUCUUCUAUUGGCAGUGUGUGUGUGUCUGCAGUAAGAAAAGGAUCACUCAGGAAGCAAUGGAUGAUGUAUAGUGAGCAGGUUGUUAUGUACAGAUAUAGGAAAUAACAGCAACACCUGUAUCACAGUUUUAUUUCCUUUAUACUCACCCUGUCUGGUUACACUGUCUACAAAGCUUAGAUUUGUGGUUGCUUCAUGCCUGUUUUCUUUAAUUUGGUUGAUGUCUCGUCUGCUCAGCUAGCUCACCUUUUAGUUUGCUUCACUGUUUUCUAUCCCUUCUCUUCUUUUUUCUGCUGGUGGAUAAUGAUCUAAUAACCACAAAUCAUAAGUUUUGUUUUUCUUUAAAUGAAUUGAGAGUAGUUUGACAGGAGGAGGUGAAAUCAUGAACCUUAUAAAUUAUUGUUAGUUUUUCACCAAUCAGAAUAAAGGAAUAAACACAGCUGGAUAAAAAGUUAGAGAGUCUGGUAAUGAAUUCUGUUUCUGCCCUAAAUAAAAUAUCACUUUGUCCGAAUGAAAAUGUGAAAUUGCUGCUGAAGGUUAGCCAAAAAAAAUCUCAACACAUUCAGUUUUGACUUCUUGCAUAUAAUUAUCACUCUGUCACUUCAUAACUUGCUUCCACUGUGCCCAGAACUGAAGGUGGCUCAAAGAGAAUUGAAAAAAUGAGCUUCUGAUCAUUUCAGCUUUAAGACCAACAACUCCAAAUAUUAAAACUAUAAUUUCUGGAAGAUUUCAGAAAUAUUAUUGCUGGUAAAUUCAUGAAAAACCUCCUUAAUCACUCUUUUGUAAGAAACAAAGAAGUCAAUCUCUGGUGGCAUUUAUUUCACUCCUUUACUUCUGUCCUUGUCACUAAAUCAGACUUCUUCAUCUAAAAGAUGUAUACAGGCUUUAGGAUGUGUUCUCCCUGGUAUGGAAAGAACAAUGCUGCCUUUGUCUCUACUGCUUUUCACCUCUUGAUACUUGCAAACACAAGUCUUGAUUUUUUUUUCUGUGGUUAAUUAUUAAAUAUCAAAUAUCAUAACCAGAUCUGAGCAAAGUGCAAAACAACAUAAACUUGAGCUUAAGCGUGUUUAUGGCUUUUUCUCCUGUUCCUGGGCUGACAUCUACCCUUUCCCAUCAGUGUCAGGCAUUAAAAAUUUCUGUGAAAACUCUGAUGCCACUUGAUAAUUGAGUGAGAUUAUUGGCGACAAGAUUGGAUAUUGCUUUAAUUUUAUUUAUUGUUAAUAUUAGUGUGUAAGUCCUGCACUGCUCUCUGAGGACAAAAGGACUAAACUUGGUGCUUAUUUGUGUUAUUCUGGCGUUUAUUGGGACAUAGGAGCACACAUCAUGACACCAAGGCGGGCAUGUUCAACCAGUGUGCCUGGUCACCACUUGAAAUUAACUGACGGUCAUGAAUAAGAGUUCACAGAGUUUUGCCGUUUUUUAAAUAAUAGUUGUACAAAGCUACAAACAAUGCAUCACCCCCUCACUCUGCAUUCAUUCAUUUAUCAUCACACUUAGACUGUUAGAGGAUAAAACAUAAAAAAAACUUGAUAAGAUACUCCUGUAGUUUAAAAAAGAACCCCACAUGAGAAAAAAAAAACUGUUAUGCAUGAAUCUUAAUUUAUAAAAAUCAAGAUGGUGAUCAAAAACAUAAAUUAAUUAUAAAUGAGUUGAUUUGUUUACCGGACUGCCACCAGGACUUGGUUGCAGGUGUGAAACCAGGUUGUUGUUGAGGACUUUAGAGCAGAUCUGGUGAAUGUAACGCGCCGCCUCACAUGAAAGUGAAUUAUUCUCUUUGAGCUAACGCACACAGCAUGAGCAGCUAGCAGCGCUAUCUAAGAGGCUCAGCAUGCGGUGAGGCUGAUGUGUCACUCAGUGCCAUUUAGCACAGCCCAGUGUGUGUGAGCAUCUGUGUGUGUGUGUCUGUCUGUCUGUCUGGUACAGAGUGUGCGUCCACACCUGUGGCUGGAGCUGCUCUUCUUAAUCAGGCCUAAUGAAGAACAUUGAUUCAUCUCCAUUUGAUUCACACUUUUAGACAGGAGGAACACAUACACAAAGACACCCAGACGAACGCACACAGGACACCCAAACACUUUGACUCCUUGUAAGGAAGAAACUCUGAUCUUGUCUUGUGUUGCUGUUGUGUUAUCAGCUCAGCUCUGCGCACAAUACUCAACCUAACCACAUGUGGAGAAGUUUUAAGAGGUACCAAGAGAGUGGGAGGGAGAGAGGCGCAUGUUAGCUGGAGGGAUCUGGAGAUUGUUAGCAAACUGGGCAGCCAUGCAGAUUUUCCUCAGAAGCACGAGCAGGGCAGGCAUCCCAAGAUUCCCUGCAUCCUGGUCCCAGCUCUGGGGUGGAGGAAGCUGUUUACUCUUUCUAUCUCUCACUGCUGACGUCGGCGCACCGAACAAUGUCAUCCAAUUUCCUGUUUUUCACUUUAGUGGAAAGCCACUCUCCCAGUGCGUAUGGUGUGAGUGUGUGCGUGUGAGUGUGAGACAGAGAAGCUGGUGGGCUGGAGAAGAGCAGAAGGAGGAUGACGAGGAGGAGAAGGAGGAGGAGAUCCAUAGAGCCGGAUACACUGGGAGCAGGAUAUAGGGUCAGAGGCAGACUCGGCUAUGUAAAUACAUUAGGUGUGUUGAAUGAGGGAAGCAGGACCCCGUCCUGAGCACAGUUUGAGGUGACUGCAGACUCUCAGCGGCUCUGAUGUGGUCACAUCAACCUGAUCAAGGAGGGCCGCUGUGAGUGUGAUAUGACAUGACAUCGCUGUUUGAAGAUGUCAGUCUAAAAGCUUUCACCACACUGCUGUUCAACUUUUCACUUCUGAUACCAAGACAAGAGUUUGGUUGAUGAUCUGUUUGGGAUAUUAGGAUUGUCAGAGAGACAUAAAUCCAUUGGUGGUCUGUCACUCCCUGAUCUAAGACUUUAUUAUUUAUCAAAAUGAUUCUGUUGGUUCCCGAACCUGAAUAACACUGGUGUGAACUGGAGGCUAAAUCCUGUUCUACCUCGCUACUGGCUCUACUUGCGUCGAAAUUGCCUCUGCAACCAUCCCAAUAUUUGUGUAACCUAAUUGUCAUCUCAAUUUGGCUCCAAUUUAGACGUACUUAUGGUCUACUUGGAUUGUUUAGUCGCGGCCCCAUACACAUCAAUCAUCUCUUCCAUCCCGCCCAAAACUGAUAAUGCCUUCUCUUUAUAGCUUUGUCAAAUCAAAUAGUACCUGUUUCCCCAAUGCCCCAUCUAACACAGUAAUUGACCUAAUUUGGGACACUCCCACAAAUCAGAAAGGCCUCAUCUCCAAAAUAUACACCUUAAUAUCCCAUCUCAGAGAGACGUUUCUUUAUAAAAUUAGGAGAGACUAGGAACAGGAACUUGGUAGGUCGAAUAAAUGUUGUUUUUGUGUUUUGUCACCAUUGUUUGUAUUCUUGCCUGUCAAACGAAUGAAUAAAAACAUCGAUUAAAAAAAAAAGAAAGCAACAUCACUAACAAUGUUACCCUGAAUUUGUAAAGCCAGAUUCUACUCAUAUUACAAAAUUAUAAAUUUAUCAAAAUGUUCUUUGUUCAUAAAAUCAAACUGCUCAAACCAGUUGGUAAAAUACUCCUCUCUUUAUAAAUAAAAAUUACAGAUCAACUCCUUUAAACAUUUGCUUUCUAAACUGUAGUUGAACAUGUCGGCAUAGUGAGCCUUAAAUACCAUCAAACAGUUCUCAUUUAUUUCCCUCAGUGUGGACCAGGUUCUUACUUUUACUCUCCAAAAUAACGCAAAUACAUAGCGCAAAGAUGUAUACAGAAUUAAACUUGGUAGAUCAUUCUUGGAUCUGAUCAACUGUUUAUAAUAUCUGUUUCAGCUUUGAGGUAAUAUCUGAUUAAGUUAAGAAGAUAGUGACAGUUUUAGAUCGAUGCACCCCAACAUAGAAGCUAUUUUGAAAAAUUUACACUGGAGCAGUUCAGCCAAUCGUCAGAGAUUGUCGGUGUGAGGACAGGGACACCUUCAUGAUCAGAGUUUUUUCUAUCACUAUCAGUAUGACAUUAAAUCACUGUUGUGUUUAUGACUCAGUGUUGAAAGUACCGCAGCAUCCCCGGCCCGCCUUACAGACAGAUGAUUCCAGUGAGUCCUUCACAGAUUGGCAUACAUAUUUAAAACAUGAAAAGGGGGAACACUGGUACUGGUUUGCUGCUCUAGUAGAGGUGUUGGAUCUAAAGAGGAAAGGUUUUUAACUACAGUAUAUUUGACUCUGUUUAAUACAAACCUCAUUAAUGAUGAAAUUGAAAUAAAUCCAGUCUGUUUUUUAGGGCCACUUCACUUACUUUUAAGAUUAAACUUUAUUGUGAUGCUGCAUGUUUCUGUUUUUGACGCCUCAUCAGCACAAGGAGCCAAUGUCUCUCCAUCCCCACUGUGCUCUGCUGCUCAACAUACUUGUUGUCCGGUUAACAAGUGGACCUGUGCAGGGAAAGAAAAGAGACCAAAACAGAGGGACUUGGACUAGUGUAACUUGGUACUAACAGCACUAUGAAGCAGGAGGGCGUGACAAGGAUUACGUAGGCUUACGCACUGAGUCCUACUCCUUGCCUGCCUGGCCUACAUGCUCACUCGCUUCCCUGGCUUUGUUUGCCUCUGGUUGAGUGCCAGCAUGAUGUUUGUGGGAUGCAAAUGCAUGGCUGAGUGAGUGAUUCAUGCAGUGCAUUUCGUGUGUGUGUGUGUGUGUGUGUGUGUGUGUGUGCAAUGUAUUGGAGGAGUGUGUUGCCCAAAGACGCUGGCAGACUGGUUCAUCCGUGUGUGUGUGUGUGUGUGUGUGUGUGUGUGUGUAAUGUACUGGAGGAGUGUGUUGCCCAAAGACGCUGGCAGACUGGUUCAUCCAUGUGUUCGUUCGUGUGUGUGUGUGUGUGUGUGUGUGUGUGUGUGUGUGUGUGUGUGUGUGUAUGUGUGUUUGUGUGCGUAGCUGGCUUAGUAUUUAAGUUACACAACCACAGCCGCAGUUGCAUCGGUUGUCAGUUAGAGAGGGAAGUUUCCUUGGAUGGAGACCGAGCGCUGCACACUGCUCCCUCCAGACCUUCUUCUCUAGCUAGAGGCUGUGGCUCAGCUCCAUGAGUAAAGACCCUCACCUCGAGUGAUUCUCCAAUAAAUAGCAUAAUUUUAUCCAAACACGAGGAUUUCUCUCAGGAAGAACGACCAAAUCUAAAAGGAAAGUGUGGCUGAAAUGAAGAUACAGGAUAACCCAGAAAUAAAAGCUAACGUAAGCAUUCAACUUCAUCCUAAUUGAUACUGAGUCAGAAAAACUAGCAUUUGUGAAAACAUGCUUUCUAUGUCUGGUGUAUCUGUCUCUACCAGCAGUGGCCAUUAAAGAGGAGUAAAUGUUUUGUUACAGCUACACAAACUUUCAAAAUAAAAGUCUCUGAGCGUGAAGAAGUUACAACAGCACCUGCUCAUCUGUUUCAGGCACCAUAAAUUUUAGUGUUUAGGUCUCUAAGUAAGGUGGGUUUCUCAUAGUCUGGAUUUGAAGCAGGUCUCAGUUCAACAUUGGACAGUAAAUUACACAGAGACUUCACUCUGGUUUAUUUCAGCAGUAUAAGCUCAUAACAGAAACUUAAGAGUCUCAAGUUCACCAGAUGAUGCAGAUUUGUGAAAAAUGAACUCUGAAACUGAGGUCAAAUUGAUCAAUUGUGAUGCAUUCAAGGUAGUUGGUAAAUCCAGCUGCUGAUUGGCAAAUUGUGCCUCAACUUAAACUUAAAAAAUUCUGAAUGGAUUGUUAACUGAAUUUUUGUGCAGAUUUCUGUCUUUAAAGAUAAAUCAACAUCAGAUUACUGCCAGAUUGAGAGAAACCAGGAUACAGACCUCAAAAGUAGAGGUUAGACUGUAGCUCAUAGGUUGUCCAGUACCUAGCUCUUAAUAUUAAAAUAUGAGCAGAUUAUCCUGAUUUAUUGCACUGACCUGAGCUCUUUUAUAUUGCAGAGCUUGUACCAAAACUUGUAAUGUUUAUACGGGUCUGAUUUUAGGACCAAAAAACAGUCCCAAUUCAGCAUGAUCAGAAUAAUUCAAACUGUACUUGACAAAAAAAGAAAGAAAAACGGAGUCUUGUUUGGUUAAACCCUCACAGAGAAGCAUGUGUUUGUGGCUUCUCUUUAUGUUUGGCUCUAUGAUAUAGCCUCUGGCACACAUACAUGCAGAGAGACACACACACUGACACAUGCACAGUGUCUCCAGCGCACAUGAGCCCAUCAUGCGACCAGGUCCUCGUGUCUGUAAAAGAUCAGAUGAUUGCGGAGUAUGAGCUAGCUGCCAUCCCAAUGCCAUACUCUCUGUUUGUGGAGCAGCUACAACAAACGGCCCAGUGUCAUGAUGACGUCAAUUUGGCAACAACUGAGGGCUAAUCAGCUUUUCCCUCCCCUUUGUUGUUUCAUGAAGCUUUCAAAAGGCUUACAAUUUAGCAAGAAGUGAUUUACUGCCGCCCGGCGUGCUCUGAAAUUCCUCUCUGUAUUCCCCCUCACAUGUGUGGAUUGUUUACGGAGAAGAGGAAUUCUAGAGGGAUGGCGGUCCACAAGGGGCUUGGUUGCUAUGGAUACUAACCCCUGAGCUGGGUCCCAUUUAGCAGGAAGGAAGCUAAAUUAUUUGCAGACAGAAAAGAGUAAGCUCAUGAAGGGGAAGUGUAAUGAGUUGAAAACCUGUCUGUGUGGAAUUGGACUUUUUUCAUUUUUAAAUAUUUUUGGUCGAGUUUGAUGUCGGCUUUAAUUGGAAAUCAGGACGUGAAAUCUCAGGCAUCAGUUUUAUUCAGUUUGUCAUAGGAAAGGUGAAGAAAUCCAGUACGCCAGAAAAACUUAUUAAACCACCAUAUUAAAGAGUAAAAACAUGUCAUUUUUUCAAGUUUAAAGUAUAAAAGUAGAUAACGAUCCAUUUUAUGGUUUCAUAAGCGAAUCAGAUUAUUGGAUUAUCAUUAAAGCAAUUACACAUAAGAAGCGUUUUCCUCCUGUAACAGUUCAAAGUGCUUAUAAUUCAAAACUCCCCACCCCCUUUCACAAAUACCUCACAUUACAAGUUAAAAUUGUGCCACGAAACCAGCAAUGUCAGACAUAUUAAAACUGAACUAAAGCACAUAAAGACUUUAUAACGGGUGUAAUUUCUGCCUUUCAAUAUUGAGCAAAAUGUGCAUUAAACACCACCUAAACUCCCAAAACAUCUAUUCAGCACAACUAUAACAACAUCUGAUAAGUCAUAUUAUUGAUAGAAGCAUUGUGCUGGUGUAGUUUGAUAGUCAUCGCUUUUGGUUGUCAAAUCUCAGUGUUGUGAUAAAUUUAUCCAAGUCAAAGUAUAAAGUAGCAUGAAAUAGCCCUUUAUUACAGUAUUUAAGAAAAUGUGCUUAUUCAUACCCAGGAUUUGAUUCAUAUUAAUGCCAGUGUUCAGUUUGCAGUCCCAGAGGCUGCAUUAAACAGCUCAUAAAAACACUUCACAUCUAUCAGCUUUGUGAUAUAUAUUAAUCUUCUGAGCGUGUCUGUGAAAAAGAAAAACCAUAGAUCUCUGCGUGUCCUCAAUGGUUUCAACAGUACUUUGUUGUUAUUUAUCAAACUAUGCAUCAUAAAUCCCAAAUGAGAGUGUUUCAGUUCAAUUUGAUCAUCAGCUGUUCAUUUAAUCAAUUUGACCCUGAAUAACACUUGAUGAUUUAUUCAUAUAACAUACUGCAGACCGUUUACUUCCUUAUAUGGGGAGUAGAUAAUGUGUGAUUGUCACUUUUAUAUCUUGUCCCCUUCAUUGAAUAUCCCGGCUCGCUUCUUUGCAUUACCCCUCCCCCACUGUGCAGUCAUCACAUAUCUUUCUACUACUUGUAUUUCUUUGCUAUAUACACUUACACUUGUGUCAGAGUUUGCUAUUUGAUUGUGGAUGCCUGAAAGUGGUUCACAUCAGGUGAUGCAACCCUUAAUUUUAACGCACCGUGUAUAAUGGCAUUAAAGGCUUUCCAAAUAGAGAAAAUAGAGCAUGUUGUGUCCGUUUCAAAAUAAUUUAUCCUCUCAUCUGAACAGACGUCAGAUUUUUUAAAGAACAGCAGACGCCCCAGGUUACAGUCUUAUAAAUUUGGGCUGUGCAGUUGAGCACGCUGAAUUUGGCCUUAGGGAGGCGUGGUAGAAGGCCUUCUGCUGAGUUUACAUUUAACUCGUCCUCUGCUUAUAUUAAAACACUUCAACAAAACAAGGACUCUCAUUGUGAAAAGUAAAACCAGAGAAACAGCCUCACUAACACUCUCUUUGUGAUAUGGGGAAAUGAUAUGUUCUUAUAUAAACCAGCUGAACUGUAAGUUAUAGGUGGGAGAGGCAGGUAACCCUUUCUUUUACGGUACACUUAUUACCAGGUAAUUAACAACCUAGUAACAACAUAAAAUUAUCUGGUAAUUACAUGAUAACUACUAAGUCAAUACUGUCUAGUUUUCCUUUUUUUUCUUUUUUCUGUGCACCUCCAUUUUCAAAAGCUAUUUGGGGUUCUUAUUUUCUAUGAUUGACACUUGAUACAGCCUAUGGCCGUGCGGAGAUUGCGUAGCGAUACGCUGUUUGAGCCGAGCAUUAUCACAACGACUCAAUGCUACUGCGCAAGUGGUGGUUCCAGGAAGCGGAGAAAAUCCUGGAAAUACCAGAGCAAUUCAGCUAUUCAGCAAUUUGUAUGAUGAUGGAAGAUUACCUACCUGGUAGCUAGACAGUAUUGACUUAGUAGUUAUCAUGUAAUUACCAGAUAAUUUCAUGUUGUUACCAGGUAAUUACCUUUUAAAUACCUGGUAAUAAGUGUACCGUAAAAGAAAGGGUUACCAAGAAGCAUCAUGUUAGACAGACAUAACAAAUAUGUGGAAAAGUUUUAUUUCUAUUUCAGAGAAUUGUCCGCUUAUGGGAUAGGUUUGUGAAAUUAUAUUGCUUUUUUGAUAAUGUGUAUGGAUGCAGGAUGUUGUGGAUAUAUUUCAAAUAUUGCGCCUAAGUGUAUUUCAUACUUGUGCAUUGUUAUCUGAAUUAAAAAAUUAACUUGUCUGAUGUCUUAUCACUAAUCUUGGUAUCUUCUUCUUGUCUUUCAGACCACGUUAACAGAGGUGCAAUUUGGACCAAUGAAGCUAUUUAAAGACCCACUUCAGGUAUUGUACAAUGAUGCAGCUCUUCCCAAAGUUCAGUGGUGAUAGUUUUGAAUGAGCCGAGGCCUUUCUUGAAACAGCAGUUUCCUUUGGCAGAGAUUUGCAGCGCUAUCUAGCAUGACAGUUAAUAUUUGGUCACAUUUUUUGAAGGAUCAGUGUUUCAAAAUGUCAACUUCUUUUGUCAGCAGAGACAUUUCGAGACAUUAAAAAAAGUUAUCAUGCAAACAUUCAAAGUUUAAGAUGAAAAAAAAAGAAAAAAUGUUAAUGAUUGUAUUGUGUGCCAUGGGGAGUUGUCAAGGCAACAAGGCCAAACAUUUAUGACCAGGAACGUAUAAUGAACAAUGCAUGUUAUGGAAGAACUGCACAGAGGACCCAUGGACCAGCUGAGGACUCUCUCUGACGUUCAUUGGGUCAUUAUACAGUCUGCUGCUGUGCCCGCUCCUUUGGCAUGCACUUCUGCUGCUGUGAAAACUUCAGUUUUUUAUUUGCCUCCUGAGCUAAAAACUGAUUACUGCUUUCAUAUAAUAUCUGCUCUGUUGUAAUUUUUGAAAAUUGUCACAUUUUUGAAUUUCAUGGACUAAUUUUUAAGACAUGAACACAUUUUCUUGAGCGCUCUAAGAGCACUUUUAAAUUUUGUACUCCCAAACCAAAGUGGCUACAGUGUUUGAAACAACAGUCUGACUCAGGGUUGCACAACAUAGACAUUAUUUCAAUAAAACAAUAACAUCUGCCAAACUUGUCCUUACAUUGAUGAUGCACAGUCGGUGAGUCAAAGGAAAGAAACUCAUCAGACGUCCUGUAAUUCAAUGCCAUGUGUGAGUGCACAGACUUGGCUUUAUUGUCCAAUGAGCUCCACUGUGACCAGGAGGAAAACUAGGUAGAGAGAUAUCCCCUUCCUGUUUUUGUCACUCACAGCUGAUCCUGUCAUGCCCUCCUCCUCCCUCUUUUCUCACCACCCACAGGAUCUGGCCAGGCCCUCUCUUUUUUUCACCAAUCAUGUUUGCUAGACAGAGUGAUCAGACGCUGCCAAAAAUGCUGCUACCCCCCUUUUGAACUAGUUUUCUCUCUUCCUUUCUGACUAUCUGUGAUGUAUUCUGCCUUUUACACAUGAAAGUCUAUUCUUACUUUAUCUACCUUGUCUUAACUUAGGCGCCUGAAGGGACCUUAUCUCAGCCUAUAUUACCCAAUUUUUCCACCUCUGCAGUAUGUUGACUUUUCUACCAACAUCCCAAUGUGGAAUUCUGAUCUAAUUCCCAGUGCGUACCAAACAUAGCUGCAGGACUCAGUGGUGAUGUAUUUAUGACCUGGACACUUAUUGCCGCGUGUAGAGAAAAUGUUCAUGACUGGAAUAUGGUUCAUAUUACCGAUGCCCCUCUCAGGCUUAAGCUUUUUCUGCUUUAGGCCUUUUGGUGCUGAAAUAAAGCUACACAGAGCGUCAGAAUGAAUCAAAAGGACAAGCGUCAGCACAGCCGGUCCUCUGUCCCUUCAUUGUGCAGGGGACAGAAGCUCCAGUUUUCCCUACAAAGUCAGGUCUUUGUGCCCUAACUCAAUUUUACAGGUGUGAUGCAAACUUAAAACUGCAGAACAAACUUUUCCUUCUUUACGUUCAUUCUGCUCCCUGCCAACAGUGGGAGAUGACGUCUGUUUGAGAGAGUGACUCAUGAAUCUACUCUUAGUGCAGCACUGCUCCUGGAGGCGGGCCUAGAUCUCUGGUCCGGUAUUUACGCAAGUGAGGGGUUAUAUGAAAGUAUGCUGGCGGGGAUAGAGCGGGCCCUCAAUGACCGGUUUGACAGUAGCCGCAGCACUUUCUGCCACAGCCUUGGCAGAUGCAUGGGAGGGGCCGCAGCCACUCAAGGCCACCUCGACUAAUUGUGUCAUAGAUCACGGCAGUGGACAAUAAAAUCUGUGACGCACCCAAGCAGGAACCGAGCCUGAUCAAUCAGGGCCUGUCCGUCCGCUGGAGGCCUGAGGUCACAGUCCAGCCAGCACUGCAGCCCGAUCAGGGAGACAGACACAAAUGAGCAUGAAUGCAUCAGUGAUGACUUGACGUCUCAGAGCUGAGGCAAAACCACAUUUGACUGUAUUUUCACUGAAAUGAUCGUACAGCCAGGAUGGAGCCAGAUUAUCUGUGAUAGGUUCAACAACUUUUUAUUAAAUUACCACUUUUUUCCAUGAUGCUCUGUAAUUAUUAGUGUUUUCUUUUCUUGUAUGUAAGAAUGUGAGAAAUAUGUUUGCCCCCUCUGCAAAACUACAUUUUUGCUGGUGAUAUUGUGACCUUGCAACUGGUCACAUGAUGAUAUGAAUUACUCAGGUGGGCAUAUGUGCUUAGUCAUCUCUCCUUUUUUUUAUCAUUUUUCUUUUCCAGGUACUUUUAGUUUUUGCCAAAGAGGACAGUCAGAGUAAUGGCUUCUGCUGGGCAUGUGAGAAGGCCAACUUCAGGUGCAGCAUUGCACGGACACCCGAGUCGGCUCUUGAAUGCUUCUUGGAGAAGCAUCACGACCUCAUCAUCAUUGACCACAGACAUUCCAGACACUUUGACGCUGAAGCACUAUGCCGGUAGGACAGCCUCUACCUUCGUCUUUGUUUAUUCACUUUACUAUUUUAUUGUCUUACAGAGGAGGUCUCUUUUCACAACUGUUUGAAACAUUUGUCUUUUUCUCCUCAGUAACCAGUUCACUGAAUUUCUUACUUUUAUUGUCCCAGCUUUGCUGUUUUUAGUGGAUUUUUUUCAUUACAAACUUUAGCAGUUUGGACACCUUUACCUCUCAUCCAUCAGGCUAAAAUACUUUCGCCAUUUUUCCUUCCUGUAUGCCAGCUUUUCUGUAUCCUUGUUCGGAAAUGCUUCAAGUUGGUUCAUCAUGUAUUCAAGUGUUGUAGCGGACUACAUUAUGUAGACUUUUUACAUAUUAAUCAAAUAUAAUUACUUUUUCCCUCAUAUGACUUAAGCUAAUCCAAAAUCUCUGUGCACAGCAUUUAGGUAUAAUUACUCUUGGUUAGAAAUCACUUAUGUGGGGGCCCCGGCUGAAAUUGAAUUAGAAUUGUGUUAGCAAUUGUUGUCCAAAACCAGUGACAUAACCCAGACCAGAUGAUCGUGUCAGGGCCAAUUACAGGCCUCUUUUCUUCACUUACUGUACAUUUGGUGAGAUGGUGACCGUGGCCCUGUGUGGGAGUAAAUAACCUGCUCACUUUGGGCUCACUAACUCGCCUCUUUUGCUACCUAGUGGAGUCAUGUCAGUGAGAAAUGAGCGGUGCCUGCCCAUACCACCCUCUAUCUUUAGCCUCUGCCCAAACCAAAAACACAUUUACAAACAUUCAUUGGCCCUGCCCAGCGUGUAUGUUAACCCUAUUCAUUUUGGCCAAUCCAUAUGUUCAGUGUACACGCACAGGCUCCGAAGGGGAACUAAAGGGCCUUUUAUGACCACUGGCUGGGGGAAACCACAGGCGGAUGAGUGGCCCUGUACACUGCAUUCUUUCAGAGGCCUGGGCCUGCUCGCAGAGCUCCACAACUGGGCCCUGCCUGCUUGGGAUAAUCGGAGCGUGAAAAUGAGAAAAAUACAUUUGAUUUGAUGCCAUGGGCUUUUCCACCAGUCUGCUCACUCACUAAAAAGACUCCCUCUGUUUACAUUCAGGUCAAUUAGAGCGGUCAACUCUUCAGAAAACACUGUGAUAGUCGCUGUUGUGAAAAGGUACGUCCAACUCCCCCUCACCCUUUUCCCCUUCACCUCUGCGCCUUUCAAAGUAGAUAAUGAUGAGGAGUGUUAUCAUUAUAAGAAAAUGUUAUUCUGUGGAGGUCUUUGGGCCUGCGGCCUAUCAUCUGGAGAAAACCUCUGAUGUUCUUUAAACAAGGAUUUGUCACAGUGAUGAUUUGGUGCAAACAUGUGCUCUCUUUUGAAGGCCAGACAGAGAGGAAGCCUCUGUAAUGCCCCUGAUCAAUGCCGGCUUUAAUAGGGUGAGUGGCGUUGGGAUUGUGUGCAUGUGUCCUUUGAUGCUCAUGUUUGCAGUUUCCUUUAAGCAGGAAUUCAGAGUGUUAAUCCUUUUUGUUUGCUCUGUAGACAUGUAAAUCAAGUUCCCUGAAGCUGAACCGCUGUUACUUAUAACAUUAUAAUGUGUCCUCUAAUGGAAACAUUGAUGUGAAAAUUGGAUUUUAGUUGUCUGUGACUGACCUGUGUGUCUUUGUGUGUCGCUGUGACCCUCAGAGAUAUGUGGAGAAUGCCAAUAUGAUGGCCUGCUAUAAUGAGCUGCUACAGUUGGAGCACGGGGAGGUGCGGGCCCAGUUCAAACUGAGGUAAGUCAUGAACCUUAAAGUGUUAAAAUGAAGAACUCUGUCUUUUGCAUACUUAAACAAUGAUUUUGUCACUGCUGUUUUCCUAUUAGGGCUGGAAAUGCUAUUUUCACAGCUCUAGAACAAAGCCAAGAGGCCAUAGAGAUCACCUCUGAAGAUCAAGUCAUUCAGGUGGGUUUCCAGCAGUACUGAUAUUAUUAGGUUUAUUUUUAUUACCAGUUCUCUGCCCUCGCUGUCUUUUUCCUUCUGUCCUACUCUCGUUUUAGCGCUCAUGUCUCAUGAUCCAAGAUCUCAGUGGUGAUACUUGCGGCCUCUGUCCCUCUGAAUGGCUCCUUUUGUCAGCAGUUAAAGCCUUUAGCCUGUGUUUCUUUAAAUACCAACAAAUGGGUUCUUUUUUUUAUAAAAAGAGUUGUUUCAUCAAGGUUCAUGUGUUGUUGGGGGGUUUUGUCUGUUUUUGUACUCUUACUGAUUGUACAUUUAAACCCAGGAGAUCACCAGAUCAGAUGAAGCCUGAAUAAUCUUGUUAUAUCUCCACAGUACGUGAACCCUGCCUAUGAGUCUAUUAUGGGCUACCAACAAGGCGAGCUAAUAGGGAAGGAAAUAAUAGAAGUGCCUAAAAGUGAGAAGAAUAAGCCUGAUCUCCUUGAAACAAUAAAUUCCUGCAUACGGAAAGGAAAGGUAAGAACCACACCUUCACUCAGAGCUCAACACAAAUUAACAGUGUGGUUUUUCAGAGUAUAUGAAGGAGCUUGAUGUUUUGCGUGUCAUUCUUCUGAUACUGUUAUUGUGGAAAUGCUUUCUAGUAAUCCUCAUAGAGUGCUGAAUCAGAAUCAGAUCGCUGUCGUUAGGACUGUAGAUUUCUGCUCCGGCCUUUGUGUCUGUGCAUGCAUGCGUGUUUGUGCAUCCAUGUGUGCUGUGAGACUGCACCACUGGCCAUCCAGCAGCUCCGUUUCAUGUGCACAAGAACAGUGGUUGAUGGCUGUGCUGUAAUCUUACUACACAGAGAGCGAAGGUCAGUCCCAGACAGGCGAACAGCAGGAAGGCUCUUUUUAAGCUGCACACAGCAGUCUGUAGGAGGGGGGACAUGAAACAAACGCAGCGGACUCCAGGAGCGCUCCCCCUAUCCAUUAAAGCUGACUUGCUGCUCUCUGAAAUACUCUGACCCAGAACACCUCGCCACCUUACAUGCACCACAAUCAUAUCAUGAUACUGUCAGUGCAGCAGUUAUAUUUUAGUGAUGUUGGCAGCUUCUCCGGUUUAUUGUAAAGUUCCUCUGUCUCUGUUCUGGUUUGUUAUGUUCCAGGAGUGGCAGGGGAUUUAUUAUGCCAAAAAGAAGAAUGGAGACAGCAUUCAGCAAAAUGUGAAGAUCACACCUGUAAUUGGACAGGGGGGGUCAGUACAUUGAGGUCAUUCGGUCUUGCUAAGUGCAAAUUACAUUUUUAAAAGCUUCGUAAUUAUUCAAGGUAAAAUAUGUUUGAUUUGAUUUCUGAUUAUUUUCAUGGUGUACUAAUUGUAUUCUGUCAUUCACAGAAAAACCAGACACUAUGUGUCUAUCAACUGGCCUUUAAAUGAUAAUAAUAAGGUGAGUUGUGUCUCCUGUUUGACAAAUUUAUGAUAAAUAAAAGAAGCGUACAGGUCUGCAUGUGUUAAUAUGCUUCUCUCCUCUGUCCUUGCAGAGUGAUAAAUCCAGUGAACGUGUGCAGGCAGAGUCUCAAACAGGUAUGAUGAUCCACCCUAAAGUUCUUUAUCCAAACUCUUCCUGCUGUCAGAAACACAUGACAUGUGCUUUAUGAGGUUAAAAACCGUGAAGUCAAGAAGAGUUGUUCAGAUUUUCUAUACAGGACCGCUGUAAGAAUACGUGAUGGAGGAUGUGUCAUGAGAUUUAAGGCGGUCAGACUAGAGUUUGUGAUGAUGCACAAUGCCAGUCUUAACUGGUUCUUUUUUCAUUUUGCAAUUUGUUAUCACCAAAUAUUGAGACAUUGAAAGCAAUAGAUUUCAGAUUUUGGGGAUUCUGGGGUCCUUUUACUUUAGCAGUUUGUUGCUCCAGUGUCAGAAAAUCACAGUUUUUGUAAUUAUUGCACAUAUUUUAAAGUGUCAAAGCCUGUUUUAUCUAGCUGAGAGAAAGACCUUAAAAAAAAGAGAGAACUUUUCUCCUUUAUUGACUUUUCUCCUUUGCUUUCUGUUUUGUAUGAACUGAACUUUUGUUCCCCCUUGUAAUAUGGUAUCAGCUGUAAAGUCAAUGCAGAGCUGUGAUUUCAAAAUAUAGCAGCUACACCGCUGACAGGCAAACAAAACAUAUACCGUAUCUCUGUCUGAGUUACAGAAUAAAUUCACGUUUUAAUCUUACUGUUUGUUUCAAACAAGUUUAUCAUGGUCUCUCAGCAGGUUUUAUUUCAUAGUUAUUGUCACACACCACCUCUGUGUUCCCCCAGGGUUUCUGAGUACUGGAUUUCAAGUAUAUUUUUUAUGUUCAAACUGUCAAUCACCACCUCUAAAUGUUGUGUUUUAUUUUGUCAAGUAUGGCGUAGUUCUUUCCUUUGUGUCUUUUAUCUAAAGUAUUGCACAGUUUUUGGGAACAACAUCUUAAAACUCUUCAAAAGCUCAAUCUCUGACUCAUCAGUCAAGUUGCAUCAUCUGCUCAGGUCUGAUUUUGCUGGAUAACAGACCUCGUCCUUAUUUCCUGCGGUAUUGCGAUUAAGGCUAAAGCCGGCCUUUUCACUUAGCUUGAGCUGUGUGUGUUUGUUUGUGUGCAUAUUAAAGUAAGGUGUUGUCUUCUCCCCAGACAUCCAAUCUAGUAAGCACAAAGACCGGAGGAAAGGCUCUCUGGACGUCAGAUCUACAACGUCUCGAGGGAGUGAUGGUGAGAGUGAAGGGAGACAGACGAUGGAAACUCUGGGCGUUUGUUAGCUAAUGAAACCGUCCCAGUUGCCUGUUUGUGUUAAUAGUUGAUUGGACAUGAACACAAACAUGCUCAUUAGACAGAAAAUAAUAAUACACUGUUUAAUAUGUGGUUGAAUCUUAACAUGGACGUGUUUUGGGGGGUAUUUCUUUCACUCUGACAGGGAGCUCGCAGAGAAGGCACUCCUCAAUGGCUCGAAUCCACUCCAUGACUAUAGAAGCUCCCAUCACCAAGGUGGGUUCAUCUCUCUCUCUCUCCAUCACCCCUCUGAGCAUGCAUCAUAUGAUCAUCACUUUGUACUGAAGUGUUGUAUCUCAUGACUGAACACUUCAGCUUUAAAACAGCCAUGAGCGCUUCUUGUACCACAACUGAGACUUGAGGCUAGAGGGUGGGCAUGCUGUGUCGAGAGGAGAUAAAAUGCCACAUUUCAUGCACAGGACGGGAAAGCAUGUUGGACCAGAAUGACCUGCUGUUUCUGUGGUUUAUGUGGUUUGUGUAGUUUGCAGCCUGGAUAGUCAGGAACAGAGAAAGUCCCCGGGGAUGGGUCAUAUGACACACAGCAGUUCUACCGCUGUAUCAUUUGACUGUGGAGUCAGUCCCUGUAGGCAUCAUCCUCCACAGAAUAAAGCACUGAUAGAACUGCUGCUUCACUGUGUGUGUGUGUGUGUGUGUGUGUGUGUGUGUGUGUGUGUGUGUGUGUGUGUGUGUGUGUGUGUGUGUGUGUGUGUGUGUGUGUGUGUGUGUGUGUGUGUGUGUAAGUGAGUUACGUAGAACUUGUGUUACUGCACAUGUUUGCUGACCUCGCCACAGGUGCCCUUUAUUAAAAUCUCCAUCUUCAUGCUCUGGUGUUAAAAAUAACUUUUGUGUUUCAUCAGGGCUUGUUUGUUCUUGAUUUCUUCACUUUAAAUGUUCUGUUAUCUCAUGUCUACAUUAAUGCAUCCACCUCCUCAGUCAAAGAAACACUUUGAUAUUUUUGAAAAGAAGGUCAGAUUUGUUUCUAGUUAUGUAGGUGGAAACGGAGGGAAACAGCUACCCUGAUUCGGUGUUUAGGUAACUCGUCACAACAGGGAUGUUAAAUCUUGUUUGUUUACCCUUUACAAAAGUAUGGAAUCUACUCUGUCUGGGUUCAUCUUCCAGUCUGUUUAAACAUUUCUUUUUUUUUGUAUUGAUUUUCUUCCUCUACCUUAACCUUUAGACAGCUGUUUCACCGUAUUUCCAGAGUUUACCCUUUCACGCUCUAUCUGAUGGACUAAUAGGUGUGUUGUUUAAUAACGCUAAGCAAAUGAGCAGGAGUAGGAAGUGUGAUGUGUGAUUUUAGAUUAUUUUUUAAGCCACUUUGCCUUUUAAAUUUAAAAGGACACCUGAAGAAAGACAGGAAAUAUACAGAGCAGCCAGUGUGGAGGACAUAUAGCCACGGGCCGUGACACAGACUACCAGGAUGUACAGUGUACUCCACCAACUAAGCUAAACCUGUGUCCUGUUUCAUUUCUGUUUCCCAGGUAAUAAACAUCAUCAAUGCAGCACAGGAAAGCAGUCCUAUGCCCGUGGCAGAGGCCUUGGAUCGGGUACUGGAGAUCCUGAGGACCACUGAGCUCUACUCCCCACAGUUAGGCACCAAGGAUGAGGACCCUCAUACCAACGACCUGGUGGGGGGUCUGAUGACGGUGAGCAGCAUGAGGGUCCUCCAUAAGGGCGAACACUCUAACAGCUUUCUUCCCCUGCAAAUGAAUGGACUCCUAUAUGAGAACACACACACAUGUGUCUGUGAGGAUGUGCCUGGAGUGGCUGCUGCUGUGAUAGUAUGUUUAAUGACAGAAACAGAGUCAGGAGGGUCUUUGUGGGGGUUUGUUUUGAGAGGAUUUCUGUUCUUAUUUUAGGGAGGGACACAGAGAGGGAGUGAGAGAGAGACAGAGAUUAACAGACAGCAAUGGUGAAGUCCAGAAGUAGAAAGAGUGCCAAGUUGGCAGUCUUGGCAACAACCCCAGAGGAAGUGUUAGAUUGUCCUUUGUGCUCCUGUAGGCUGGAGAGGAAAGCCCACCCCACCCUCUCUCUCCCUCGCUCUCUCUCUCUCUGUGUCUCUCUCUCUCUCUCUGCACACAGUCACACUCACAUGAACCUCUUCCUCUUGACUCCACAUGCCUGGAAACAUCCUGUUCUUUGGAUCAGAUGAAUAAGCAUGGCUUUACUUAUACAUGUACCACAGAUACUUGGAGGCAGAGAGCUGUUACACAUUGUCCCGCCUCAGAAAAAAAAACCUUCUCUGCAUGAGUGAUAAAUGCUGACAAAACUAGAAAAAUAUUUGGUGUGAGUUUUGGUGGGGAUAAAUAUUUUGGUCUGGUCACAGUAAAUAAAGACGUGCCUGAUUCCUUAUUUAUUUCCUCCUUUUUGUUGUGGUGCGGUGCGGUGUGCUGGGUCUGACCUCAGAAGACCGAGUGAACAUUAAGAAAGGAGCUGUAAUCUUUUCGAGGGAGAAAGACUUAAAAUAACCAGUGUGUACAGAGGCAGCACCACCAUCAGACAAUGCUCGGGUCAAAGAUGAGCCAGUCUCCUCUUCCUUUUUCACUUGUGAAGUAAACAUUUCACUCUGCUACACACACCCAUGAAUUCACAGACACCCAAAAUAUACGUAUCGUCCAAAAUGACUGCUUAAUUUGAGGCUGUUGUAUGAAGAGCUGAAAAGUUGAGGUUUUAAUGUUCACAACCUUUCCUUUUUUACUUUCCUACAUUUUCAUGAUAUACAGUAGCAUGAGUCCACGAUCUUUUUACACUGAAAAAUUCGCUUUCAGGUUACACUAAGCUCACGCACCUCCUCAUCACAUCCUUUAAGGGAUUUAUUUAAAGUUUCUUUAAAUUUUAAGGAAGUAAAAUGGGCGCAAAACUACUUUUAUGAUUGUUUUCUGAUCACAUAACCAGAGACAGAGUCAUGCUGUCUAUGAAUAUGAGCUCCCUGCUACAUGCGAAUGUUUAUACGCUUGCAUGUUAGUGUCUGAAGGGAAUAACUUUGACUGCAUUCACAAGCUUUCUGUGACCUGCUGGCACACCAACAUCACCUUAUUAGCAAAAAGAAAGAGCAUCCUUAUGGGAAAGUAAGGAAUUUUUUUUCUUGAUAUCUGAUUGCCCCAUUCAGUGAUCAGCGGAGAUAGAAAGGGUUAAUGAAUGACGCUCAUUUGUGUUUUGGUUCACAUACCACGAGUUGUUAGUCAGCGCUCUGAGCCACCCAAGUUAAAAAAAGAAAGUCUGGAUCCGCCCCUGGUUGCAAGUCUUGAACUUAUUAGAUUUUUCAGUUUCUGUGGUGGAAAUUCACAAUGAACAAUGUGGAGAGUUGAAUUGAUCAACUCCCUAAAAAGUGUUUGAUCUCUGAUUUACACAGUCUUACAUCUGGUACAAAUCACAGUCCAGUAGGGACCAGAUCAAUGUACCUCUAACCACUGAGAGCUGUGUGUGAUUAUUCAGGUGAUGGUGUGUAUCCCUGCUGUUAGGCCCUAAUUUAUUAUCCCAGCAUGCAGCACUGACAGGAGGAAGGCAGAUGACAUAAUGAAAUAAUUAACUGUAGAUUAUCUGACAUAUGUACAUAAAUUAACAUGUUGUCAUAUGUGACACAACUAUCACACUUCAUAAAUAUGGAAAUCCUUCUCAAAGCUGCAUAUUGGUUUCAUUAAUAAGCUCAGCUCGGCUGCUGCUGCCUCCUCCCUCCCCUCCCUCUGUGUGCUGCUGGGGAAACAAUACGAGGUGUCAACAUAACACAGCGUUGAAACUGUUGUGUCAUAGCGCAGAUGGAAGAACUCCCAUCAUUGUGUUUCUAUGGAAAAUCAGGAGAAACAUGAUUUUGAUAUACGAUUGUAGUUGUAGUCUGAUUUUUAUUUUUCAGGCUUUGAAACCUGUAAAGAUCAUUGACUUCAAAGUUAUUUUAAAACAUUCAAACUAUGAUUUAAUUUUAAUGUGACUCAAUUCAUCUAUUGACUAAGUGCUUUAAGGAUUUAAAUACACAGAAAUGUUUAAUUAUUUAGCUUUUUGAUUGAAAUUUGGUCCUGCAUAGAAGUUUUGUUAGUCCCUGACUUUUUGUUUUCUGUUCACAGGAUGGCUUACGAAGACUGUCAGGAAAUGAAUACAUCUUCUCUACAAAACGUAAGUUAUAUCAGAUCUACGAAGAGAUGCUAAAAGUAUAUUUUUGUUUUAUUUUUUUCCAGCCAUAAUGAUUUCCGUCACGUUAUUCAUCCUAUUUCUUAUCUCAUGCUUCCCAUCUUGUCUCUUCUCCCGCCCACAGAACCUCACCAUAUCCCCAGUCACCUGACAACUCCUCUGUCGCUGAAUGACAUCCCCCCUCGUAUCGCUCAGACCAUGGAGAACGAGGACUCCUGGGAUUUUGACAUUGUUAACUUGGAAGCUGCAACCUUGAAGCGGUGAGGAGACACAGUUUAGGAUCUCUAUAUUUUGAGUCUUAAAUGAGAACUUAUAAAAAGAGUUCAUGUUCAACUUCUGCGCUGAAUCCUCCACAGGCCUCUGACCUACCUGGGUUUGAAGAUCUUCUCCCGUUUCGGGGUCUGUGAGUUCCUAAACUGCCCUGAGGCCACCCUGCGCUCCUGGCUACAAGUGAUUGAAGCUAACUACCACUCCAGUAACUCCUACCACAACUCUUCCCACGCAGCUGAUGUCCUGCAUGCAACAGCGUAUUUCCUCUGCAAAGAGAGGGUCAAGGUAAGUAAACUAAUGAAAUAAUCUGCAUUAUUUCGAUCAAGCCUGUAAAAGUACAACACGAGUUUUGUUCUCAGGAAACGUAACGGUCCAUGGGCUGGGGAAUUCAUUUUGUCAGUCAGUUGAUGGACAGAAAAUGAUUCAACUGUCUCUAAGAGUAAGAUUUCUCGUUCGAACACUCCUCACACAUGUGGGAGAAAAGUCAAGCAAAGAUGUUUUUCUUUUUCUUUGCUUGUGGCCCCAAACACUGGUAGAUGUGGAGUUUUCCCCCAUUCAGAGCAGCUCUGCACUCAGGUUGAGGGUCAGAUGUCUUGUCUGAGCCUCUGUUAUCCAAGAGUCAGUCAUGGUUUCACCCAAGUGUGUCAGUGGCUCAUUGGUUGAGACCGUGCGCUGGUUAAUCUGAUUAUAAAACUGUCUAUUUCUGAUCUCAGUCCAGUGAUCUUUCAUUGGCUUAGCCACUGAACUGUGAAGUUACAUCACCCAAGGUUAAUGAAUCCCUGGAACUCUACAGGUUAGCAGCUCUGUUAUGGUGCAGAUUAAUUUAGGAAAGAGCACUUAAUUUGAUGAUCUGUGGACUGGUACUUUUUCUUUUUUCUGUGCUUUAACUUUUUAAAGUUUCCAGAGUCCUUUGAGUGUUGAUGAAAAACUACCCAGAAAACAACGAAUGGCAUCAGGAACUUGAAGCUUUAAAUUGACAAGGAGUUGAGAGCAGCUUUUGCAUUCUGAACUAGGGUGACCAUACGUCCUCUUUUACCCGGACAUGUCGUCUUUUUUGGGGGCUGCCCGGGCUGUCCAGGGAAGUUUAUAAAAUCCUUCAAAUGUCUGCAAUUUUGUGUGCAAGUUUUGAUUUUGCGUGACAUGGACUUACUGAGUUAGAAGCACAUAAAAGACACUCCAAAAUUAACUUUGUGCAACUCCGUGAUUCCGCCCCCGCGCAGCUGUGUCCUCUUUUUGGAAAGUCAGAAUAUGGUCACCCUAUUUUGAACCAAAUUGUAUUGUUAAUUAUUGCUGUUAAUAUAAAAGUCAUAAUCUAAAACAAUUUUCCUUCAAAUAAAUUAAGAAUAUUCUAUAAUUAAUGAAAAUGAUGAACACCUUUUUACUUGAUUCAGAAUAUUGUGUAUCUGUCUUGUUCACACGGUUGCUUUUAUUGGGUAGCAGUAAUAGAAUAAACUUAUAUUGCAAUCAGUCAGUUGUGUGUAUAAUAGAAAACUAUUUGGUACAAAUAAAUGUGAUUAUCCUGCUGAUCCUGGUGAAGACUGUCAGCAAAACUUCUACUCGGUUUAGCCAUCAGUCCUGCCUGCAUGCACCACACAGUUGCGUUAAGAGUAGGACAUAACAAGUGUGGUCAGAGAACAGAGAAUUGAAACAUCAAAAAUGUGCUCCUGAUAUUCGUAAGACUCACAUGUUACUUUACCUCUAAUGCACAACAAUCUGUCCGUUUACAAAUCUCCACUGUUUCAUGUUGUUUCCCCCCCAAACAGCAAAGUUUGGAUCCCAUCGAUGAGGUCGCCGCCCUGAUAGCUGCUACAGUACACGACGUGGACCACCCUGGACGCACCAACAGCUUCCUGUGCAACGCAGGCAGCGAGCUGGCCAUCCUCUACAACGACACAGCUGUGUUAGAGAGCCACCAUGCUGCACUGGCCUUCCAGAUCACCACGAGAGAUGAUAAAUGCAACAUCUUUAAAAAUAUCGAAAGGUGGGAGAGUCGUUACACUAGCAAAAUUUCAUCCCCCCCUGGAAACAGUUUUUAUGCUAAUAGCUUUAGCUGCUUAUUUAUCAAAUGAAAAUCACAGCAGCAUCAAACAGAUAAAGAUAUCCUGCACUGUUGUUAUUCUGAGCUGUUGUCAGAAAAGAAAAAGUCAAAUAGACCUGAAAUACUUUCAUGUAGACCUCAGGAUGUUUUCGAAUGUUCAUAUCUACUAAAUUUACUCUCAUUAUAUCUGCAAAAGUUCUAAACAUGCACAGAAGUCAACAAAGUCCUCAUUUAGAAUCAAUUAAAGAAACUGCUCAGCCAAAAAUUUCAAUUCACUCAUUAUCUUUGAAACUUUGAGUCAAACCAAACGUUAGACAGACUCUCCCUUUAAUUUGUUUCUAAGAAGUGAGUUUGCUGAUGUUUUGUGCUAAAGUCCGAUUAGAGUAAUUGCACCAGCCACCAAAUCUUCAAUUUAACUUUGUGCGUACUUUUUUUUUAGUUAAUUUUCUCAAACAGCAAGAAAGUUGUUUAUAUCAAAAUCAAACUGAGGAAAUUCAUUCUUUAUAAACUUAAAGUCAUAUGAAAAACCCUUCUUGAAGCAUCACCUGAAGCAUCAAGGGAGAUAAGAAAGGCCGACGUGUGUUCCAGUAAAAGCAAUACUGUGUGUGUUGACAGCGGCGGUGCGGUAAUGUGAUUUGAGUCCUGGAGCAGAAUAGCUCACAUGUGCUGGACCCCUCUGAGGGAGGCGGUGAACAAAGCAUCCAUUCAUCUCCACUGUCACUACAGUCUGAAGGGAAAAACUGUUCACACGGAUUUUUUAUGCUAUUUUAAACCCUGUCAUCCUUCUGUUUCCUUCUUUUCUGCCCUCUCUAUCUCACUCUCCUUUCCUCACCUGAUUCCUGCCACCUCCGCCUCUUGUCUUUCUAGGAAUGAGUAUCGAACACUACGACAGGCAAUCAUCGACAUGGUGCUCGCAACGGAGAUGACCAAACACUUUGAACACGUCAACAAAUUCGUCAACAGCAUCAACAAGCCGCUGGCUGCUCUUGAGGAGAACGGGGUGAGAUUAAAAAAUAAAGCUUUCAAACGUUUUUGAUAUUUCCUAUCUGGGUGGAAAGACUAGGUCUAAUUUUAGCCUCCUUUUUUUUCUAAAUAGAUCAGAGUCGUGCGUCAGAGCAGGAAGGACACACAAGAGCAUUCAGACACUUGAUAAACAUUGUAAUCUCAUUCUGUCACUGGCUAUCGCAGAAUCGGACCAACAGUUCACAAACAACAAUAGUGUGGGAGUCUGAGAGAUUAUGAUCCUGGUUCAGGGGACUUGCGGCCUGUUGUUGCCCGCGCACAGAUAGCUUUGUGGGGGAGAAUUUUACAACUCGGUACCAUCUUUCUCGUCUGUGUGUGGAAUGCUCGACACAGACUUUUAAAAGUUGUCGUCCCUUUUAAAGGCAGGAAUGAUGUAAAUAAAUGAUUGUAAAGGGUUUUAGCACUGAAUACAUAUAUAUACUUUAAGGGCUUAUCACUACACACAGAUCAAGCAUUUCAAGAGUUAAGAGUUAAUCUUAUAAAGCUGACAUGGAUGAAAACUGAUUUUUGGCCUUUGUUUAACAUGCACUUUGAUUCAUUUAACCUAUAUACGAGGUGGUCCUAAACAAACAGAGGCCUCUCUUAUCUCAUCUCUGCUAAAAAAGAGCUUCUUUGCCUCUACUGAGACAAAAAUGAGAGGAAAAAUACAGUGGGCCUCAAACCAUGUGACUCUGUGGACUGCAUUGUCUUUUUUUCACAUGUAAGUGUUGCUAGAGUUCAAAAUGAACACACUCUCAACUCACACUCUCAUCCUCCAUUAAGAAAAAAUCCGUAUGAGCUGCCAGAGUGCUGUGUUUUUUCUUGCCGCUCUGGUUUGUGUACGCCGAGUUAUUUUCACAGCGGCCCAUCUGCUGUGUGCUGUGGUUUACUGAGCUCUCUAUUAAGCCGUCUUUAUGCUAAUGCUCUGCCCCCUUUUUUUGUCUUUAAAGGGAAACAAUGAUGAGGAAUCUGUCAAAGGCAUUCUGACAUCUCCCGAGAACCGCAUCCUUGUCAAGAGGAUGCUGAUUAAGUGUGCAGACAUCUCCAAUCCAUGCAGGCCUCUGGAGCUCUGCAUAGAAUGGGCAGGACGCAUCUCAGAGGAGUAUUUUGCACAGGUCAUUGAAAAAAUAACAUAUUUGUGAUGCUGAUGGAUCCGGCAGGCAGCAGCUGGACUGUUUUUAAUCUGAUUUAUAUAGUUAUUGUUUGUGAUGAUCACUAUUGUCGCUGUCUUUGGUGCAGACUGAUGAGGAGAAGAGACAAGGCCUACCAGUGGUCAUGCCUGUGUUUGACAGAAACACGUGUAGCAUCCCAAAGUCCCAGAUUUCCUUCAUAGACUACUUCAUUACGGAUAUGUUUGAUGCAUGGGAUGGUAAGACAAACACUUCAUACACAUACAACACUAAAAAUCUGCACAAUAUGGACAUCUUUAUUUACAUGAUACCUCUGCAUAUUCUUGUUUGUUGUAUUUGCAGAUGAACUGCCAACUUUCUGGGGGUUUUCUGUCAUGUUGAAAGUAAAAACUGUGACAUUCCUUAUCAACCAAAACACUGCAAGGACUUUGAAUAAUAUAAUCAAGCCAUUAACUUCUGACAAGUAAAACAUUACACUUUGCAAAAAGUCCUUUAACAUACUUAAACUGAGUUUGCAGCAGUGUUGAUUAGAAGCCAGUGCUGAGUGUUACAGUUUUGUCAGUUUAAGGGAUCUUCCUUUAUUUUCAAGCUGUCUAUACAGAAAUUUAAAUUCCGGUUAACUGACCAGUCUAAAGGAAGAAAACGCUCAGAAAACAAUUAAAAUCAAGCACAGUUUAUUUCACCCAGACUAAAAGUCUAAAAAAUGAUUUUUCAAGCAUCCUGGGAAAGAGACGGUUCACAUAGAUUCCGACAGACUCAGAGCAACCGUGCAUACAUAAAAUCAAGUAUAUAAUUAUGAUUUAUUAAAAGACAAAGAGUAACAAAAACCUAAAACUGGUCAAUAUUUGUGCCUCAAAAGUACCUAAAAAGAAUCCAAAGAUACAGCUUAUUAAUCUUCAGGUCCACUUGUAUCUUUUUCCAAGUUAAAAUAAGCAGCAGUUUUUUUAAUGAAAUGACAGAUAAGCAGGAAAUCAUCAACUCUGCGGCCUGUUCUUGUGAAUGUAAGAAUGAAAUAUAUAUUUUUAUUCACACUCAGUUACACUCAUGAGGUGUGGAGGGGUUGAAAUCACCAUAAAAAUGAGUGAAAUACAAUAAGAGGUUCAGAUUUGAGCAUUUGAAAAAAAAACAGAGAAUAUGGGUGUUGGACAGGUGGUGGUAAAUGGCAGCCUGCUGUAGCCCGUAUCCUGAGCUGAGGUGUAACAAUAAGUCAUAGAAAAAAAAUAGUUUGGUCAUUUCCUCUCAUUCUUCAAAAAUGUGUCUGUGUUGCUAUAAAAAUCAUAUUACAGGGAUGUUAAGAAAAGACUAAAGUUGUAAAAUGUAUCCAUUGUCUCACCAGCUUUCGCAGACCUCCCUAAUCUUAUGCAGCACUUGGACAACAACUUCAAGUACUGGAAAGGCCUGGAUGAGAGGAAGCUGCACAGCCUACGACCGCCUCCAGAGUAGGCUGCUAGACCAUCUGAUGGCCCUGGUGACUCUGCAGUCCGGGGGCAGCCCUCCUCUCUUGUGCCGGGGUCUCUUUUCCCUGCAAGCUGAAGGGCCUCCUCGCCUUCACUCUCCUGCUUCUGUAGCACGCUGAGCGUCCACAUGUCCGUCCAUACAGAAACCACAGAAGGACCUCCUGACAGGCGGUCGCAGCUUUGACGCUGCCGGCUUCAAAGCCUUGUCAGAUGAGAACUGUGAUGAACACACAGCAUCUUGAUGAACUUCACGUGCCUCUCAGGCAACCGCAGUGUAGCUGGACAAAGUGACAUGACUGAAAAAAAGGGUUCGCACAGGUCUCCUUGCAAAGCAUCCGUCCAUAAGAUAACCACGUGGGCUCUCCUGUCUGCCUGUGAAGCUGCUGUUUGAGUACAAAACUGAUGUUCAUGAAGGAGCGAGCAAGACUGAAGGACAGGAUGAAGUGUGGUCUGGAUCUGAGGGUGUCCAGUCACCUUUGACCUGCAUGCCUGUGCUCGCAGCAUGACAGGCCUGCUCCCUCUGCCCCCGGAGGUUACAACAUGAAAGAACACUCCACUGCUUUCUUUUUUUUUGGUUUCGCAAUAUACUCAUGUGUCCUUCAGAAACACAUCCAGUUUGACACUACAGACAAGUGCGAGGGGAUGUUUUGUCUCAUGGUCAGAUAGUGGACCUUGAUUGAAGGCCGCUGCCGAUAGACAAAAACCUCAAAAAUGAGAGAACACUGCACUGUUGUUGUUUUUUUCUUGGCAAUAUAUCCAUGUGUCCCUCUGAAACACAUCCAUGUUGACAUUUAGCCGUCAUAGUAAACAUGUCGGAGAGGAUGCUUUUGUUUUGUGGUCAGGGAGCGGAUCCUAAACUAAGGACACCGCUGAGAGACGAAAACCUCAACACUACAGAUGAUUUGGUAUGUUAACUUUUCGUAGAUGUUCCACAUUUUCUAAAAAUUCAAAAUUGAAUUAGCUGAUAAAUAAGAACAAAAAAUGAGUUUCAAAAGGAGAGCGAAAAGCCAAAGCUGAUGCAGAGAAAUAAUACUAUCACUCUCAAAAGUUCACAAAUAUUAUUCAUAUUGAGCAUUACCAUAUUAAACAUUUUUAUUUUCUUAUCAGAAAUACAGUACCAGUUUGAAUGAACACUUUUGUAUUGCACUGUAAACAAUAUUAGAAAUGUCUACGUCUCAGUGAUUUGUCCAGGGAUGGGAUGUUGCAUUGUAGAAUAAGCUGUUAUCGUUGAUCAUCAGGAGAGUGUGUGUGCAUGUGUGACUGCGUGGGUGUGUGUGUUUGUGUGUGCGUGUGUGUAUGGGUUGGGGGGCUGUAGGUGUGGGUGCGUGGGUGUUUUCAUUGUUGCAACGAUCCCUUACUCUUGGUUUAAUGCUGUAAACCGCUUGACAUUUGACAACAGCAGAAAUAUGUGAAAAAAAAACAUUUUGGACUUGAAAAUUUUUUCUCCCAGAAAUUUUUGUAUCUGGUUUAUCCUACUGAAAAGACUGCCUUAUUUUAUACAAUAUUUAUACAGUACAUCCCACUGUGCAACUGCAACGGACAUCUGGAGUUUUUAUUAUGACAUAGUCAGAAGGUUAUGUUCAAGUAAAAUCUCAAUAUUUUUAUAGACAAUGAAUUUUACACUGGAUUUGCAGCAAAUGAGAUCAACCAUUCUAGCGAUCUGAAUACCUGUGAAUUGGACGGUCCUGCAGAGCAUGUAUACAGAGAACUAAAUGGUUAAGAAGGAUGUGGAUCGCAGAGUUGUCUAUCACUGUCUUUAAGCAGUCUCUUAGAGGCCGGCUUGCAUUGAUUUUUUGAUCAAACAUCAUUCUGUUUUGGCCACUUGUCCAACAUCCUUAUGCACAGACCCAGGGAACAGCUUUCUGUUCGAGGCUGGUUUCAGAUUAGGAUACUAAUAUAUGUUAAAGAUUGUUGCUUAUUGAGAAUAUUUCCUCUUUAAACAGUAUAUAAAUGCCAUAACAGCUAAGCAAAUGAUGGUUAAUAAGAUGUAUUGACCAGGUUUGUCUUUGUUUCUCUCUUAUGACAGAAUUGUACACUCAAUCAGGGGAUUGGUUUGUUCCUUCUGAUUCACAUCUUGGUCUGAAGGCACGGAAGAAAAUUAGAAACUAUUCAAUGAAAAAUAAAAUAAUGUCAAUAAUAUGUUUGCAGUUUGUUUUCUGCAAUGAUUCAGUGUCUGCCUUCUUAUUUUGCUGUCUUUCUCCUGUAUUUUUUUCCAUGUGUCACUUUUCAUAAACAGCCAAAAUGCCUCAUGAA